AUGGACGAAACUCUCAAGCAACAUACAGAUACUGAAUUCAUACAAUUAACUGAAAUUGAAGAUGUAACUGAAGAGAAGCCAAAAACUUGGCGUAAACCAAAAGAGACAAAAAAACCAGAAGAAGUUAUUGUACCUGAGGAUAAACCUAAAUCAAUUGAUUCGGUUAAACCUGAAGAGGUAAAGAAACCUAAAGAAGAAUUAGCUAAACCAGCGGAACCCAUUCCAUGGAACAAACAAGAAAUACAACUUAAGAAAACUGAAAAACAUAGAAAGGAAGCCAUUAAAGAAAAUAUUGAACAAGUUGAAUUAAAAUCAACUAGGCGUUUAAGUAAAACUCAAGAAGAAAAAACAAUAAUGGACGAAACUCUCAAACAACAUACAGAUGAUACUGAAUUCAUACAAUUAACUGAAAUUGAAGAUGUAACUGAAGAGAAGCCAAAAACUUGGCGUAAACCAAAAGAGACAAGAAAACCAGAAGAAGUUAUUGUACCUGAGGAUAAACCUAAAUCAAUUGAUUCGGUUAAACCUGAAGAGGUAAAGAAACCUAAAGAAGAAUUAGCUAAACCAGCGGAACCCAUUCCAUGGAACAAACAAGAAAUACAACUUAAGAAAACUGAAAAACAUAGAAAGGAAGCUAUUAAAGAAAAUAAUGAACAAGUUGAAUUAAAAUCAACUAAACGUUUAAGUAAAACACAAGAAGAAGAAACAGUAAAGGACGAAACUCUCAAGCAACAUAAAGAUGAUACUGAAUUCAUACAAUUAACUGAAAUUGAAGAUGUAACUGAAGAGAAGCCAAAAACUUGGCGUAAACCAAAAGAGACAAAAAAACCAGAAGAAGUUAUUGUAACUGAGGAUAAACCUGAAUUAAUUGAUUCAGUUAAACCUGAAGAAAAGCCACAAACUUGGCGUAAACCAAAAGAGACAAAAAAACCAGAAGAAGUUAUUGUAACUGAGGAUAAACCUAAAUCAAUUGAUUCGGUUAAACCUGAAGAGGUAAAGAAACCUAAAGAAGAAUUAGCUAAACCAGCGGAACCCAUUCCAUGGAACAAACAAGAAAUACAACUUAAGAAAACUGAAAAACAUAGAAAGGAAGCUAUUAAAGAAAAUAUUGAACAAGUUGAAUUAAAAUCAACUAAACGUUUAAGUAAAACUCAAGAAGAAGAAACAGUAAAGGACGAAACUCUCAAGCAACAUACAGAUGAUAUUGAAUUCAUACAAUUAACUGAAAUUGAAGAUGUAACUGAAGAGAAGCCAAAAACUUGGCGUAAACCAAAAGAGACAAAAAAACCAGAAGAAGUUAUUGUAACUGAGGAUAAACCUGAAUUAAUUGAUUCAGUUAAACCUGAAGAAAAGCCACAAACUUGGCGUAAACCAAAAGAGACAAAAAAACCAGAAGAAGUUAUUGUUACUGAGGAUAAACCUAAAUCAAUUGAUUCGGUUAAACCUGAAGAGGUAAAGAAACCUAUAGAAGAAUUAGCUAAACCAGCGGAACCCAUUCCAUGGAACAAACAAGAAAUACAACUUAAGAAAACUGAAAAACAUAGAAAGGAAGCUAUUAAAGAAAAUAUUGAACAAGUUGAAUUAAAAUCAACUAAACGUUUAAGUAAAACUCAAGAAGAAGAAACAAUAAUGGACGAAACUCUGAAGCAACAUACAGAUGAUACUGAAUUCAUACAAUUAACUGAAAUUGAAGAUGUAACUAAAGAGAAGCCAAAAACUUGGCGUAAACCAAAAGAGACAAUAAAACCAGAAGAAGUUAUUGUAUCUGAGGAUAAACCUGAAUCAAUUGAUUCGGUUAAACCUGAAGAGGUAAAGAAACCUGAAGAAGAUGAUACUGAAUUAAUACAAUUAACUGAAAUUAAAGAUGUAACUGAAGAGAAGCCAAAAACUUGGCGUAAAUCAAAAGAAACAAAAAAACCUGAAGAUGUUAUUGUAACUGAGGAUAAACCCAAAUCAAUUGAUAUUAAUGAACAGCAUAUAGUGGAAGAAAAGUCGUGGAGAAGGCCAAGAAAAGAUAAACCCAUACAAGAACCAGCAGAACAAGUAAGAAGACCAUCUGUUCCGUGGACUGAAGAAGCAAUUACUCUUAAGAGAACCCCUAAGGUACCAAAGCAACCAGAAGAAACUAAAACCAUUGACCUUGGUUCUGAAAGGAGACUAUCAGAAACUAUUGUUCCUUGGACUCAAGAAGCCAUAACACUCAAAAAGACAACUAAAGUUCCUAAGCAACCUGAAUCUGCAGAAAUAGAAACAGUAGAUUUAAAACCAGUUAAAAAAAUUACUAUUGAAGAAGUCACGCCCCUUGAGUCAGAAGUCGUCGAAAUUGGCCAAACACAAAAAGAAAAGACAAAGAAAAUUAAAAAGGAAAAACACGCAAAGAAGGAAGAUGAAAUUGUAAAAGAAAAAGAUGAAGUAUCUGAUUCUCAACCAGUUGGUGAAAUAACUGAGACUCCAGAAUCUGUUAUUGUAGAAACAGUUACAGAAGUAGAAGAUACCAUAGUUCUAAAGCCAUUGGAAGAAGACAUUUCUCCAAAAGCUCCCAAGCAAAUUAAACCAAAAUUGAUGGUAAAAGAAGAGUUAGAGGAAAUUUCAUUUGACAAAAUAAAACUUAAACCAACACCAAAAGGUAAAAAGCCUGAAGCGCAGGAAGGAUUUGAAACAGUUACUCUUAAACAAAUCCCUGAUGAAUCUCAGGAAGCUAAAGUUAUUGAGUUAAGAAGGGAUAAAAAGAUUAAGCGCAGAAAAGAUAUAGAUAUACCUGAUAUAGAGGAUGCAGACGAAUAUGUACCUGAAGUCGCUGAAAAAAUUGAAAUUGAAGAGAAACCAAAAGAAAUUGAGGACAAACCUGGUACUCCAUGGCGUCGUGAAUCUAAGAAAAAGCCUGAAGUACCCGAGGAAGAAAAACCUAGGAUUAAAAUAGGAAAAGGAAAAGUACCACAAGAAGAAGAAACACCAGAAAAAAUUAAGCUUAAGCCAGUUAAAAAAGAUAAACCAGAAACUAUUGAACAUAUUGAAAAAUCUAAGCCAAUAAAAUUGGAAGAUGGAGAAUUUAAACCCAAAGAAUUUGAAAAACCAGACUUUUCUCCAAAAAAAGAAAAAGAAAUGAAGAAACCCAAGGUCGAAGAACCGAAAGAAGAAAUUAUUCCUGAUAAGGAACCUAAGGAGGAAGAACUCGUACCAGAAGUUAAAACACCAUGGAGACGCACCCCAAAACCCAAAACUGAGGAAACUCCUCUUGAAAAGGAUUGGCCUAAAGGUAAAAGAAAACCCAAAGAAGAACCAGAAAAGGAUACAAUUGCUCUAAAACCAAUCAAGAAAGAAAAGGAAGAAGGACCUGUGGAAAAGGUAGUAAUCGAGGAAGUUAAAUCUGAAAUUCCCUACGAAGUCCCAGUAAACGAUUUUGACGACACUAUAAAAUUAAAAAUACCAGAAGAUACUAAACCAGAAGAACAAGCUAAAACAAAAUCUUGGAGAAGAGGAAAGAAACCAGUAAAAACUCCUGAAGAGGUGAAAGCAGAAGAUACUACCCCUGUCUUUGAAGAAGAGACUUCAACUAGCUUUGAAGAAGAGAAACCCAAACUUGUACCAACUCAGGUUAAAGAUACAAUUGUUGAGGUAUCUGAACAACCUGAGGUAGUUUCACAAUUUACAAUGAAAGAAAAGAAAAAGAAGACAACAAAAAUUGUGUCUAAACCAGAAGAGCAACCAGUUGAAGAAAAUAUUGAAGAAUAUACUAAAGAAACCGAUGUUAAAUUUAGCUCCAAAAAAGUACCCACUAAACAAACCCGACCUGCACCAUUCAAUGAGAAUCAGCCGUUACCGGAAUUGGAAAUAAUUUCAGAAAAAAGGUUGACUGAGAUAAGUGAUAAGGUACCCGACGAAAAUGUUACAGAAGAUAUUGAACUUGAUGAAAAUAAAAUAGUAAGAAAAUCAAUUGUACAAAAGACAAUAGGAGAAAGAGUAAUCAAAAAAACAGUUGCUCCGAAAUUUACCCAGCGUGUUGAGCCUGUUGCCGUAGAAAAAGAUAAGCCCACUAAACUAAUUUGUAAAGUUACGGGAAAUCCAUUCCCAGAAAUUACAUGGUACAAAAAUGAAAAGAUUUUCCAUGCAACUGAAAGGGUUACAAUUAAUAUUGUUGAAGAUGUAGUUACAUUAGAAUUUUCCAAGGUAGAACCACAAGACGUCGCUAUAUAUUCUUGCAGAGCCACCAACUCAGCAGGAGUAGCAACUUCAACAGCAAAUAUUGUUAUAUUAGAAAAAGAGGAAACUGGAGAUGCUCCUCGUUUUAUCGUACCAUUAAAGCCAAAAAUAGUAGAGGAAAAAUCAAAAGCAAUAUUGGAAUGUACAGUUGUUGGAUCACCUACUCCCAAUGUAAAAUGGUAUAAGGAUGACAAAGAAAUUAUAUCCACAGCAACACGUAAAUUAAGUUAUAAUUCAGAAACAGGAUUAGCAACCCUCGAAAUAUUGGAACCAACAGCUGAAGACGAAACAAUAUUUAAAGUUAAGGCUGAUAAUAAAUUUGGCAAGGCUGAAUGCCGUGCAAAUCUUGUCAUUUCCAAAUCGGUUGUAGUGACGCAGCCUAUUGUAAUGCAGGCGCCUUACAUUUCCAAACCUGUUAAAGCGACUAUAGCCAAAUCUAAUGAAGAUAUUGUACUUGAAGCUGAUUAUGAAGGUGUUCCAACACCAGAAAUAACAUGGCUAAGAAAUGGAAAGCCUUUAGACAAAGAUAAUUAUGAUAUUACAGUUAAGGACAAAAAGAGUGUCUUGAAAAUCAAAAAGAAAACCAAAUCAAAACAAAAAUCAGGAAAAUAUGAAAUUGUCGUUAAAAAUCCCAAGGGCGAAGCUCGCUCUUCAGGAACGGUAGUAAUUUCUGAAGAAACCACGGAAGCUCAACCUCCAAGGUUUAUAGAGCCAAUUAAACCACAAAUUGUAGCUGUGGGUGAUAAUGUUAUCUUAGAAGCAACAGUAGAGUCUUAUCCCACGGCAACCUUUGAAUGGUACUGUCAGUCUUUACCCAUUACUUCUUCUCCUGAUGUAAGGGUUGUAUCAAUAGCAAAUAAAUCAGUUUUACUUAUAAAAGAAGUAACACCUGAAUUUACGGGGCUUAUAACUGUAAGGGCUGAAAAUGCAGUCGGUUCAGUUACCUGUACAUCAACUUUGGAAGUUAUAGAGGAAACUGAAUGGGAGGAAACAAGAGAACUUGAAUAUCCAAGGUUUGUUAGAAGGUUAUCUCCUGUCAGGGUAAUGGAUGGAGAAAAAGUUACAUUUAGUUGCGUGGUUGUCGGUAAACCAAUUCCUAAUGUUCAGUGGUAUCACAAUGAUACUCCUGUAAAUGAAGCUAAAGAUGUCGUAAUUUAUCAAGACUCGGAAGGAGUUUGCAGCUUGGCAAUAUCUGAAGUAUUUCCAGAAAACGCAGGAGAAUAUACUUGUAGGGCAGUUAAUAAAAUUGGUGAAUCUAUUUGUAAAUCAUCUCUAAUUGUUGAAGCUUACGAAUAUGUUCCCGAUUCAGAAUUAGGUCACAUGACUGGAUCUGAAGAAGACUUAUUAGCUGAUAAGACUAUAACUGAAGAUGAUACUUUGGAUAUAUUGUCAGAUACUGAAUUUGAAUCUGUACCUAAAAUAACAAAAAAACUUCCUCAAAUAAUUAAUACUAAAAAUGGAGAUGUUACAAGAUUGGAAGUCCAAGCCAUUGGAAAACCAAAACCGUCUGGAAAAUGGCUUAAACAUGGGGAAGAGAUUAUUCCUUCCAAUGAGUUCCUUAUAGAAAAUUAUGAGGAUGGAACAUCGGUUUUAACUAUUUCAGAAGUUUAUCCUGAUGACACCGGAGAUAUAGUAUACGAAGCACAAAACCCACUUGGAGUAGCAGUAACUACAACACAACUGAUAGUUGAAACUGCAGAAGGAAUUUUGGGUACAAAGGAAUAUAGAAAACCUGAAUGGGUGACCCAUAUGGAAGAAUUACAAGUUGCGCUAAAAGGUAAUUCAAAAGAGGAAUGUUCACUGCCGCAUGCUUAUUCGUGUGAUAGCUUAGAAACUUUAAAUUUUAAAAAUAAUAAAUCUGAAGGUAAGGUAUUUAUAAAUUCUGUUUCGUCGAUCGAAGAAGACAAAACACCGUUUUACAUAAGCCAAGAUGUCCAAAUUCAGGAAUCUUCCACCCUUUCAAAUGUAUCUAUUCAAAGUGAGCCAACAAAUCAUUCAAAGGACAAAGUGGAAUUUAUACAAUCAGCCAUGACUAACUAUCUUAAUUCACACAGACAUUCGCUUAGUUCUGUAAUGGAACUAAUCGACUUAAGCGAAAGAAACAAAUUAUCUUCCAAAUAUGAGAGUUUUGAUGAAGUAAAUUAUGAUUUGGAUAACGAUUACAAAAAACACGAAUUUCUAAUUUCUGACGACGAUGUUCAAAUUUAUGAAGAAAGUGAAUCUACUGAAUGCAUAGAACCUUUUUACAUUUUAUCUCCCAUCGAAGAAAAAAGCGAACCAUCAACUAGAAGCAGCAGCUUUAGAGGAAGCAAUGGAUCAGACAAAAAGAAAAUAGUACCCGAAGUAACUUUAACCAAAUACUCCAGUUCUUGCACCUCUAUUCCAAGUAAAGUUGUGGAAAAAGAAUACUUACCUGACAAAUGUCAAACUUUUCCGAGAGUAAAAAACGAAUCUCCAUCCAAAGCUAAAAUAAGUUAUCAGACGUACUAUAAUGAUAAUGCCAUGUUUCCUCUAGAACCUCGGGAGCUUGAUCCAAGUGCUUUUUUUCAAUUACAUACCGCUGACAGUCAAGAAGAGUUGCAAGAAUUUUUGUUACUUGAAAGCGAAUGUAUCAGUGACAACAGAGGUCGAGGCCUUGCGACUGCUUUUCUUUCUGAAAAUGCCGAGUUUAAUUCCAAUACAUCAUUAAGCAAAGCUGCACAAAGUGCUCCAACAUUUGUUCAAGAAAUGACCGAUAUAAGAACAACUCAAGCUGAAACAAUUAAGUUCGAAUGUCUAUUUUCUGGAACGCCCCAGCCAGAUAUUAUAUGGUAUCAUAAUGAUAAAAUCGUUAGAAAUACUGAUAAAUUGAAAAUACGCAUAGAAGACAACAAAUCAACAUGUACGAUUUCGGAAGUUGAUACCGAACAUGUGGGCACUUACGUUUGCAAGGCAGUAAGUGAUAUUGGGUUUGCAACCACAAAAGGAAAACUUUACGUACAGGAAAUACCAGAAUCAAAGAGAAAGUCAAUUCUAGAAAGAGUAACAAAAGAAAAAGAAGAAACGAUAAGACAAGAAAAAAUAAAAAUGGAAAAGAAGCGCGAAGAAAGAAGAAAGAAACGCGGCGGAUCAAUUACUAUUGAAGAACAACCGACCGAAACUACUGAGGAAAUAAGCGAGACAACUGUUAAAAAAGAGAAAAUUAAACCAAAACUGGACAUUAAAGAACCAGUGCAAGUUGAAUCUGUUGCAUCGUCGAAGAAAGUUGAUAAGCCUAUCCCUGAGGUGCCUGAAGAAAAGGCGACAGAGCUUCUUUCGCCAUUGGAACCUACAUACUCUGAACAAGUUCAACUCGAAGAAACCAUUAAAGAUUUGGAAAAGAUAAUACCAAAGGACCAAAUUGCCAAAACAGAUAUUGAAAAAGUCGUGAGAGAAUUUGCAGAAAUAUCCGAAGUUAAACUCGAAGAAAUAAUCGAAAGAUGUCAAACUAUAAUUAAAAAAGGCGAAAUUAAAAUGGCUAAAGAAGUAACACAAAUCCUUGAACUUAUUAAAGCUAAUGAAUUUGGGCCAGGUGAAAAACCUCUAAGAGAAAUAGCAGAGAUCGGUUAUUUACUAAGAAACGGGAUAACCGUUAAGGAAGUAACAAUUUUGUAUGAUGACGAUAAAUUUACUUCCUUAAAGUCACCUCAGGCUCAAUCGGCUUUGGUUAACGUAGUUGAGAGGAAAGGAUAUGGACCUCUUAUUUCAGAAGUACUUACAGAAGAAACUACAAUUGAUGAAAGUCAAUUAGCUGCCACUGUUGGAUUUAGAGCUUUCAUGAAAAUGGUUGAAAAUAAUUACGUUACAAUUGAAGAAGUGAUUACACAUUUUACACCAGAAGAUUUUAUUCAAAGAGCAUGGGAAUCAACUGAAGCUACUGAGAUUAUUAAACCAACAUUUACUGAGAUGGUAACAAUAAAAGAGGAAGUUGAAGUUUUGGAAGAUACCACCAAAAUAACCAAGAAAAAGAUUAAAAUAAAAGAAGAAAUUACCGAAAAUCUUCAAGUUGAAGAAGAGAGAACUGCAAGGAAAAAAGAUGGUACUACACAACCAAAGACUACAGAAAUUAUUGAAGAAGUAACUGAAAUCACAAAAUUACCCGUUGAUAAACAAGAUACCGAAAGAAAGUCUAUUGCAAAAGUAAAGAAAACUAAACAUAUUAAAGAAAAAGUUAUAAUUAAAACUGAAGAUGAAAAACAAAUAGUACAGCCGACAGUUGUGGAAGCAAUAGAAGAAAAUGAAGAAAUUACUUUUGAAAUAAAACCCUCAGAAGAAAUUGUUCGGCAAGAAAUUCCUGUUAACACUUCUGGUCAAUACUCUGAAGCUUUUGUUACGGAUCAAAUAGCACUUACAGGUAAAACGGAUGCUUCAGCAACAGCAGACGUAAUUAUAAAUCCCCAUUCUGCAAUUAUCGAAGAAAACGUUUUGGAUCAUGAAAAAGAAGAAAUUACUGAAGAAAAACCAACAGUAACCACAACAGCAAAACCAUCACUUGAUACUGUCCAAGCUUAUGAAACAUUUCAACAGCAAGUUCACGAUAUUCCCGAAUUAUUUGAUAAAGAAUUUAAGCCUAAGGAAUCUUUUGCAAAUUCAGAGGUAAUUACAAAGGACUAUGUAACUAUUCAGGAAACUCAAACUCAAGAUAACACCAUACAAUUUGACAAGGAAGAAGUCAAAUCAAAAAUUAUACAAGAAUCUUAUCAGCCACAUGAAGCUAAAAAUGUAUUAGAAGUAGAAACAGCCACUAAAGAAGUUCCGUUAAUUCCUUUAGAUAUAGAUACACAUAAUGCAGCAUUACUUAAUACAGCUGUCCUAAAUUCAGAAGCUAUUAUGUCAGGCAAUGUUGUUCAAAAUAAUGAAAAUAUUUUAAUGGGUAAUGCUAAUGUUGAACUUCAACCUCACUCUGCGGUGAUUCAACAGCAAACAAUCGUACAGGAAAAGGAAGAUGAGUAUAAAAAACAAAGUACAAUAGGUUAUUCUGCUACUAAAAUAUUAGACACGCUCGAAGCACUUGAAAUAUCAGACGUUAAUUAUCAAAAUAAAUCAGAGGAUUUAAAUUUAAGUUUUCCUUCAGAUACAGCAAAUGCCUUAAGAAAUAUUAUUCCUAAUGAAGGUUUAAUUGUUCAAGAGAUUGAAUCAGGCGACCUUCCAUCCAACAUAACACAUAAAGAAACCUUAAAUGUUCUGGCUAGAGUAUCUAUUGGAGAGCUUGAAGCUACAAAAGUCUCAGAAGUUGAAAUUUCCGAUAAAGAACAGAGUCUUGAACAAUUUACUAAACCAUCUGGCGUAAAAGGUAUUAGUUCAUUUACAACUAAAGAAAGUGUAAAUGUAGAGGAAAUUCAUGAGGCCUUAUUUGAAGACAAAUUGGAAAUAAACAAACCAAAAUUGGCUCAAUCCAAAUUGAAAAUGGACGUUAACGAGUCGCUUAUAGUUGAUGAAGUGUUAUCUGAAAUAAGGCCAGGUGUUUAUACUACUACAGUAGAGUCACAACAAGGGCAUAAAGAUAUAGAAGAAUCAGAAAUAAUCAAACAAGUUGCUAGUAUGACUAUUUUAUCAAAUGAGCCUCUUGUUUCGCAGUCAAUAAUUCCCACAGAAUCAGAAUCAGAGUACAAGGAGAGUGAACAACCCAGUUUAGGCCAGGCAUUUACAAUGAUUAACUGCUUGGAAAUAGGGGGAAAUACAACAGUUACUGCUCAGGAAUCUGAAGGCAUAUUACCAACUGAUGCUAAGCCUACCCAGGUAUUAGCAAAUAUUAAUGUCAGACCAAGCGAAUCUAUAAGCGUCACAGAAAUAAAUACAAGCGAUACACCUUAUGAUUUUACAGAUAAAUUGAAAUAUAAAACAGAUCAGGCAGAUGUUCAGAUAUCUAGCCAAGAAGCUCAAAGUGUUACUAUAAUUAGGGCAGAGGAAAAAGAAAUGAUGUUAAUACAAGAACAACCUAAUAUACAAACUGCAGAACCAACAAUGAGUAAGUUAAAAGAAGAAAUUGAAAUAAGCGAAUCUGGAAUUUUGGAGAGGGAAAAACAAUUAGAAUUGUUUGAACUUCCAGAAUCCCAUAAAAGCAAAUCGACUACAAGUCAUAUGCUGUCAAUAGGAGUAACAGAACAAACGAUACCGGAUUAUAAAACAGAACAACUUGAUGUUCAAGUUACCGACAAGGGUAUAGCUAAAAUUGAACAACCACAUUUAACAGAGACAGUAGUUUUAGAAACGAUGAUUAGUGAAAAUACUAAAGAACAUAAGGCACAAAAGGCUGACGAAAAAACAGCAGUAGUCGUUUUACCACAAGCAGAAAGUAUAACUGUCUCCGAGGUAGUUACCGAUGAUAAGGAGAAGCCUUACAAAAUUGGUGAUUCACCGGCCGGUCAAAAGGCAUCCGUUGAUUUUGAUGUAAAGAAAAUUGCUUGUCAAACCGUUGUUCAAGCUAAUAUAGCAACUGAUAAGUUAACCAUUUCUUCACCUAACCUAGAACAAGCAGUUACAGCGCAAAGUGUUUUGGAAGGGGUUCAAAUUACACAAUGUGAACUUGGCGAGAGAGAGUCAGAUUUUACAAAUGUGGCUGAUAAGGAAGAAAAAACUGCUUUAAUAGAAUUAACAAACUCACAUGUGGGAGCUAACAUAUCGCAAAUUAUAACAAAUGAAAAGGAAGGAGAACUUUCGGAAACAAAUAAACCUUCACAAGGUUUAGCUUCUUCCACUAUAUGUUCUCAGGAAGUAAUUUUGCAAUCUGAAAUAGAAACUGUAGUUCAUGCUGAUAAUAUAGAACCCGAAGAACUUGUAACUGGAAAAGCUAAAAAAUAUGCUCGCCCACAAGAAGAACUAAUAGUAACCGAAACAAAUGUCAUCGAAGUAGAAAAACAAUUAAAACCCGAUACUUUCCCUUAUAAAAAACAAGCCAAUGUGGAUAUAUUACCUGGUCAUGAAUUAUCCGUGACGGAAAUUGUAACUGACGAUAAAGAAGAAAUUUUAAGUGUAACGGAACCAAUUCAAUCUCAGGCAAAUAUAGACGUUAAUGAAACUCAAGUCGCAAUUAAUGAAAUAACUAUAAGUAAUACUGAGCCAGGAAAUUAUACACGCGUAUCACCAGAAAAGUACGUAGUAGUACCUCAACAAGACGUGUCACAUUCUGUUAUUCAAACUCAAUUUAUUACGGGUGAAAAAGAAUCAAAUACCUCUGCUGAUGUUAAACCUGAUUUGAAACAAGUAAAUGUUAGCUACUUAGAAUCUGAAAGUUUAAAAGUUACUGAAGUUUUAUCAGACGAUAAGGAAAAUGUAUUAAAAAUUCCAACCAUACCAGAUAGUAUUACAGGAAGUCCUUCUAUAUCAACACAUAAAGUUGCAUCUAAGGAAAUAACCUUAGUCGAUGAGUCUGUAUCAAAAAUACCUACGAGCGAUCAAACAUCGGGAGUAGCAGAAACAAUUUGCGAUACAUUAAACAGUGUUAUUACAUCUGAAUCAAUUAUCUCUGAAAAAGAAUCAAACUUUGAACAAAAUAAACCAUCUGAAAAAUUUGCCAGCAAUGACUAUGAGCUAGGUGUUGAAGUUUCGGUAACAUCUAUAACAACAGCGGACAAAGAAAGUCAUUUUGAUAAAGUGGAUGUUAAUUAUGCAUCUGCAGAUAUUCAAAUUUUGUCAGAAAAUGAAAUUCAAAUUAAAGAAACCAUUUCUAAUGAUACAUUAACCAGCUUAGCCGAUUUCAAACAUGUUCCAGCAAAUGCAAUAAGGUCCCAAAUGGAACUAAAAGCUUUGUCUAAUACCGAAACAAUAGUUGGCGAAUCUGAAAUGAACUUAAAUAAAAAAGAAACCCCGAUUUCUCAAAAAGUUAAUGUAGAAUUUGAAGAAGUUAUGGCCCCAGCUGUUAUGGAAAUAGCAAUUAAUGAAAAAGAAAACCAAUUGGAUAAACCUACAGUUUUUGAAUCUAAAAAUGCUAUAGUAAACUUGGAUGCACAAAGUGUUGCGCAAGUUUCGCAAGCCACCUCAGAAGAUUUUAUUACCAAAACCAACAUUGAAGCACCAAAUGUUACUACAGCUGAAAUUGCACAAACAUUAUUAGAAAGCGUAUUUCAAUCAGAUUUGCAAAUACAUGACAGUGAGGUUCCCUUUACUGCAGAUAGUGUUGAUAGUAAACAAGCCAACUUUUCUUACACAGGAGAAGAAAGUGUUUUGAUAACAGAAGUUAAUAUCAAUGAAAAAGAAUCUGAAUUAAACAAGUCUAAAAGUCAACCUGAACAUUUUGCAACUACUGAAUUUGAAGGUCAUAAAGUUCCUUUACAUACAAAUGUUGAUGUAAUUGACGGUAUAAGUGACAUUGAUAAAUUUUCAUUUGAAAGUUCAAAUGCUGUUCAAAAUAUUCUACCAUUAACAACCAUAACUAUACAGGAAACAGUUAUACAGGAGUCUGAAAAAGAUAUCUUAGAUAAAACAUCUGAAACAAGUAAAGGUAUUUUGUCCAUUAAUGAGGAACAAAGUGUUAUUGUACAAUCUGCUGCAAUACACGAUAGUGAAAAAUUAUUAGAAAUCAGUCCUUUAAAUCAAGUUUCUGCUAAUAUAUCUUUAAAUGAUUCAAAUCAAGUCGUUUUGACUUCACAGACUGAAUACAUAGAUUCUUUGGAUAAUUUUGAAACAAAACCAAAAAAAACAAGCCUGGCACAAAAGUCGACAGUUCCGUUUAAAAGUUUAUUAACAACACAACAGGAUAUAAAUGAAAAAGAAGGUUUGCUUGAAGAUAUUAAAAAACCAUUAUCUGCUACUGCUUCCUUAGAUUUUGAGCAAUCACAAGCUAUUUCCACCCAUGAAUCGAUAAUUGGUCAAAAAGAACAAGACUUAGAUAUUUCUAAUUUACCAGAACAUAAAAAAGCAGAAACGCAUUUAAAUAAAUUACAUGAAAUUGCAGAAACAACUCAACCUGAAGUAUCUGAAAAUGUUGAUACAAUUGUUAGUAAGUUACCAGAGAGUAAAACAAUUACUGCGCAGGACAUUUUAUUUAAUCCACUAAUUGUAAGUGAAAAUUUAUCCCAAGAAAAAGAAGUUAGUUUUGACGAUAAGUUUAAACCUUUUACUAGCCUAGCAACCUCAAACAUCGAGGGAGUAAAUACUGAAGUAAAUAUAACCGAAAUUAAUGUUCAAGAAAAAGAAAAAGAACUUUUAAUUAAAGACCAAUCUUUAGAGCAAAAAGCUACACCAAAUGUUUCUACAAUUCAGGUUCCACAAAGUACAGAAAUUAUUUCAUCAAGCAGCGUUAGUACUGUAUCAGAUAUGCAAAUUAAAAAGGAAACUGCUGACACAGGCCACAUAGCUUUAAAUGAAAUAGUUCAUACCAUACACGAUAUUCAAGAAAAAGAAGAAGAACUAUCAAAACAAAUUAAUUUGGAUUUUAAAAAGGCUGAACCCAACUUUGAAACAGCAAUCUCUUUAGUACAAAGUAAAGUAUAUGCAGUCGAAAGUGAGUCAAAUCUAAAUUUGGAAGAAAACCCAAAUGCUACAAAGGCUACUGAAACAUUAACAACUAAUCUUUCUUCGCAAACCAACGAAGUUUUCUCAAUAAUGGAGACUGAACCAAUUAAACAGGAAAUAUUUUCAACAAAGCAACCAAAUAAAUCUCAAGAUACUUUUGAAAGUCUUCUUCAAAGUCAACCUAUAAUAAUUGAUAACAUAGAAGAAUUUAGCGGAAAAUGGAACCCAAGUGCUACGAAAGCUGAUGCAAAUAUUGAUACUAAAUCAAGUGUAAGUGUAAGCGAGGUUGAAUGCCACAUGAUUGCAAAGGAGUUUGAAAAAUUUAAAGCUGUAACAGAAGUACCGGAAUCAACAAUUGAUUCAGUUUAUGCUCUUAAAUCCGAAGAAACCAUACCGUCUGAUAGUAUUUUAAAUUUAAUCACCAGCAAAGAAAAUCCGUUAAAUGCAAAAAUAACUCAAGAUACUUGUAAAGGAUUAAUUAAUACGCAACCAAUUGUAAAUGAAACUGAAUUAAAUUUAAAUAUCGAGCCCAUAAAUGAAAGUAAACAAAUAAUACCAAUUGUAGAAGAAAAUAUUUCCAUAAAUGUAACGGAAAUUUCUAGCGAGGAAAAGGAAAUAAAUACUGACCAAGUAAAACGCAGCACCCAAUUUGCUACUCAAAAAGUUAAUUCAGAUUUAAUGGCGGUUUCUCAGGAAAAAACAAAUAUUCAUGAUAAUAUUGACAACCUCAACAUUAAACCGUUACAGCCAAAAGAUGCUAGUAUAACCCAGGAAAAACAUAAACACGUAAUUAUAUCGACAAGUAAUGUUCAAGAACAUGAACAGAUUUUGGAUAAAGAAAACAUUAAGGAAGAAAAAGCCGAUUUAUUUAUUAUUCCAAAGAAGCACCUGAAUAUAAUAGAACAUAAUAUUAAUGAGGCCGAAAAUGCUUUAAAAAAUUUGGAUUUUAAGACAGAAAGCAAACCUGAAAUAACAUACUCUCCGCAGCAAGUAGUGGAAAUAACCGAGACCAAGACUCAUCAAAGUAUAGUUCCAUUUAAAGAUGAAGAGGUAACUUCUGCUGAAGUAAAUAUUACUCAAACAUCGCUAAACUCAAUUAUAAUAACAGAGUGUAACCUAGAUGAAUCAGAGGGCAUAUUAAAACAUCGUAAAACUCCAAAUAAUGAAACAGUGGAGAAGACUUUGGAAGCUCCAAAUAAAACUGCCUUAAUUCAUGAAACACGUACUUUCCUAAACGAAAUAGAAUUAAAAGAAGAAGUACCAAAAUCUAAAAUAGCAACAUCGGUAAUAGAUGAACUUUCUAGCGUUGAAGAAAUGGAACAAAAAUCAUAUGAAACCUUAAACAGAUUGGAUGCACCUAAGGACAUCAUUAGUGGUAACGCAAAAGUUAAAACAAUGGAGCAAGAAUCUAUUUUAUACACCGAUACUUUUAUGAAAGGCGGUACAAAGCCAUUAUUAAUACCAGAACAUAAUCUAUUAAAUGCUAAUUUAAAUAUAGCUUUAAGUGAAGGUAUUACAGUUACGGAAAUAAACUCCGAGGCUACUACCGGUGAAUCACAGAUAGAAUCUUUUGCAACCCAAACGUUGACACAAAAAGAAACUCAAUUAUUGAUUGUCGGAGUAAAGGAAGAAAAUUUAAUACUAGAGGGUCAAGUUCCUAUCGACAUAAAGAAAACUAAAAAGGAAACAGCUAAACAGGAUAUUUCUGGAUUAACAAAGCAUGGACUUAUAAUUAAUGAACAAACAUCAACGGGUAAUUUAGAUGACAUCAAAGUAAUUUUGGAAAAACCAAAGACUGUAAAAGUGUCAAUGGAUGUUUCAGAAACUUUGCAAAUAAGUGAAAUUCACCAACACGAACAAGAAGGACCUCUGGAAGAAACAGAACCACACAAAACACAAGUUCGAAUAACACAAACAAGCGCCUUAUCUCACAUGGCUGAACAACACAUUCCCAAUAUUCUACAAGAUAAAGACACUGAAGUUACACAUGAAAUAAUAACCAAAUUCAAAAACACAGACAGCGAUAUAACACAAAUAAAAACAAAACGAACAAUUGUAAAAAGCAGGGACAAAACUUUAAAUAAUAUCAUUAUUGAUGAAGUCUUAGAUGAUGAAAUGUCUCAAGGUAAAGAAGAAUUGUCUCCUUAUGUAGAAGAAGUUACAGAUAAUUAUAGCAAAACUACAUCAGUUACCAUAGAAGAAAUACAUGAUGACCAAGAAAUAAUGGAAAUGCCAGAGGAAAUUCAAAUUAUUGAACCAAUUCAACCAGAUGGUGAAGGUAAAAAACCUAAAACAACAAUAACUGAAGAAGAAAUUAAAGACGACAUUGUUUUAAAACCACCAGAAAUUGUAGAAAUGCCAGAAGAGGUUCAAGUAAUUGAACAAAUUCAACCGGACGGUAGAAAAUCCAAGAAGGUAAUCAAGAAACGAGUUAUCAAAAAACGCACAGAUGGCAAGCAAGAAGCAACCGAAAUUGUAACAAUUGAAGAAGAAGGUAAAAAACCUGAAACAACAGUAACUAUAGAAGAAAUUAAGGACGACAUUAUUUUCAAACCACAAGAAAUUGAAGAAAUGCCAGAAGAAGUUCAAGUAAUUGAAAAAAUUCAACCGGACGGUAGAAAAUCAAAGAAGGUAAUCAAGAAACGUGUAAUCAAAAAACGCAAAGAUGGCAAGCAAGAAGCAACUGAAAUUGUAACGAUUGAAGAAGAAGGUAAGAAACCUGAAACAACAGUAACUAUAGAAGAAAUUAAAGACGACAUUAUUUUGAAACCACAAGAAAUUGAAGAAAUGCCAGAAGAGGUUCAAGUAAUUGAACAAAUUCAACCGGACGGUAGAAAAUCCAAAAAAGUUAUCAAGAAACGUGUAAUCAAAAAACGCAAAGAUGGCAAGCAAGAAGCCACUGAAAUUGUAACGAUUGAAGAAGAAGGUAAGAAACCUGAAACAACAGUAACUGUCGAAGAAAUUAAAGAUGACAUUAUAUUUAAACCACAAGAAAUUAAAGAAAUGCCAGAAGAGGUUCAAGUAAUUGAACAAAUUCAACCGGACGGUAGAAAAUCCAAAAAGGUUAUCAAGAAACGUGUAAUCAAAAAACGCAAAGAUGGCAAGCAAGAAGCAACUGAAAUUGUAACGAUUGAAGAAGAAGGUAAGAAACCUAAAACAACAGUAACUGUCGAAGAAAUUAAAGAUGACAUUAUAUUUAAACCACAAGAAAUUGUAGAAAUGCCUGAAGAGGUUCAAGUAAUUGAACAAAUUCAACCGGACGGUAAAAAAUCGAAAAAGGUAAUCAAGAAACGUGUAAUCAAAAAACGCAAAGAUGGAAAGCAAGAAGCAACUGAAAUUGUAACAAUUGAAGAAGAAGGCAAAAAGCCUGAAACAACAGUUACUAUAGAAGAGAUUAAAGACGACAUUAUUUUCAAACCACAAGAAAUUGAAGAAAUGCCAGAAGAAGUUCAAGUAAUUGAACAAAUUCAACCGGACGGUAGAAAAUCAAAGAAGGUAAUCAAGAAACGUUUAAUCAAAAAACGCAAAGAUGGGAAGCAAGAAGCAACCGAAAUUGUAACAAUUGAAGAAGAAGGCAAGAAAACUGAAACAACAGUAACUGUGGAAGAAAUUAAAGAUGAGAUUAUUUUUAAACCACAAGAAAUUGUAGAAAUGCCAGAAGAGGUUCAAGUAAUUGAACAAAUUCAACCGGACGGUAGAAAAUCCAAAAAGGUUAUCAAGAAACGUGUUAUCAAAAAACGCAAAGAUGGCAAGCAAGAAGCAACCGAAAUUGUAACAAUUGAAGAAGAAGGUAAGAAACCUGAAACAACAGUAACUAUAGAAGAAAUUAAAGACGAAAUUAUUUUUAAACCACAAGAAAUUGAAGAAAUGCCAGAAGAGGUUCAAGUAAUUGAACAAAUUCAACCGGACGGUAGAAAAUCCAAAAAGGUUAUCAAGAAACGUGUAAUCAAAAAACGCAAAGAUGGCAAGCAAGAAGCAACUGAAAUUGUAACGAUUGAAGAAGAAGGAAAGAAACCUGAAACAACAGUAACUGUCGAAGAAAUUAAAGAUGACAUUAUAUUUAAACCACAAGAAAUUGUAGAAAUGCCAGAAGAGGUUCAAGUAAUUGAACAAAUUCAACCGGACGGUAGAAAAUCGAAAAAGGUAAUCAAGAAACGUGUAAUCAAAAAACGCAAAGAUGGAAAGCAAGAAGCAACUGAAAUUGUAACAAUUGAAGAAGAAGGUAAGAAGCCUGAAACAACAGUUACUAUAGAAGAGAUUAAAGACGACAUAAUUUUCAAACCACAAGAAAUUGAAGAAAUGCCAGAAGAAGUUCAAGUAAUUGAACAAAUUCAACCGGACGGUAGAAAAUCAAAGAAGGUAAUCAAAAAACGUGUUAUUAAAAAACGCAAAGAUGGCAAGCAAGAAGCAACCGAAAUUGUAACAAUUGAAGAAGAAGGUAAGAAACCUGAAACAACAGUAACUAUAGAAGAAAUUAAAGAUGACAUUAUAUUUAAACCACAAGAAAUUGUAGAAAUGCCAGAAGAGGUUCAAGUAAUUGAACAAAUUCAACCGUACGGUAGAAAAUCGAAAAAGGUAAUCAAGAAACGUGUAAUCAAAAAACGCAAAGAUGGAAAGCAAGAAGCAACUGAAAUUGUAACAAUUGAAGAAGAAGGUAAGAAGCCUGAAACAACAGUUACUAUAGAAGAGAUUAAAGACGACAUUAUUUUCAAACCACAAGAAAUUGAAGAAAUGCCAGAAGAGGUUCAGGUAAUUGAACAAAUUCAACCGGACGGUAGAAAAUCCAAAAAGGUAAUCAAGAAACGUUUAAUCAAAAAACGCAAAGAUGGGAAGCAAGAAGCAACCGAAAUUGUAACAAUUGAAGAAGAAGGCAAGAAAACUGAAACAACAGUAACUGUGGAAGAAAUUAAAGACGACAUUAUUUUUAAACCACAAGAAAUUGAAGAAAUGCCAGAAGAGGUUCAAGUAAUUGAACAAAUUCAACCGGACGGUAGAAAAUCCAAAAAGGUUAUCAAGAAACGUGUAAUCAAAAAACGCAAAGAUGGCAAGCAAGAAGCAACUGAAAUUGUAACGAUUGAAGAAGAAGGAAAGAAACCUGAAACAACAGUAACUGUCGAAGAAAUUAAAGAUGACAUUAUAUUUAAACCACAAGAAAUUGUAGAAAUGCCAGAAGAGGUUCAAGUAAUUGAACAAAUUCAACCGGACGGUAGAAAAUCGAAAAAGGUAAUCAAGAAACGUGUAAUCAAAAAACGCAAAGAUGGAAAGCAAGAAGCAACUGAAAUUGUAACAAUUGAAGAAGAAGGUAAGAAGCCUGAAACAACAGUUACUAUAGAAGAGAUUAAAGACGACAUUAUUUUUAAACCACAAGAAAUUGAAGAAAUGCCAGAAGAGGUUCAGGUAAUUGAACAAAUUCAACCGGACGGUAGAAAAUCCAAAAAGGUAAUCAAGAAACGUUUAAUCAAAAAACGCAAAGAUGGGAAGCAAGAAGCAACCGAAAUUGUAACAAUUGAAGAAGAAGGCAAGAAAACUGAAACAACAGUAACUGUGGAAGAAAUUAAAGAUGAGAUUAUUUUUAAACCACAAGAAAUUGUAGAAAUGCCAGAAGAGGUUCAAGUAAUUGAACAAAUUCAAUCGGACGGUAGGAAAUCUAAAAAGGUUAUCAAGAAACGUGUAAUCAAAAAACGUAAAGAUGGCAAGCAAGAAGCAACUGAAAUUGUAACAAUUGAAGAAGAGGGUAAGAAACCUGAAACAACAGUAACUAUAGAAGAAAUUAAAGACGACAUUAUUUUCAAACCACAAGAAAUUGAAGAAAUGCCAGAAGAGGUUCAAGUAAUUGAACAAAUUCAACCGGACGGUAGAAAAUCCAAAAAGGUUAUCAAGAAACGUGUAAUCAAAAAACGCAAAGAUGGCAAGCAAGAAGCAACUGAAAUUGUAACAAUUGAAGAAGAAGGUAAGAAACCUGAAACAACAGUAACUGUCGAAGAAAUUAAAGACGACAUUAUUUUCAAACCACAAGAAAUUGAAGAAAUGCCAGAAGAGGUUCAAGUAAUUGAACAAAUUCAACCGGACGGUAGAAAAUCCAAAAAGGUAAUCAAGAAACGUGUAAUCAAAAAACGCAAAGAUGGGAAGCAAGAAGCAACCGAAAUUGUAACAAUAGAAGAAGAAGGCAAAAAAACUGAAACAACAGUAACUGUGGAAGAAAUUAAAGAUGAAAUUAUUUUCAAACCACAAGAAAUUGAAGAAAUGCCAGAAGAGGUUCAGGUAAUUGAACAAAUUCAACCGGACGGUAGGAAAUCCAAAAAGGUUAUCAAGAAACGUGUAAUCAAAAAACGUAAAGAUGGCAAGCAAGAAGCAACUGAAAUUGUAACAAUUGAAGAAGAAGGUAAGAAACCUGAAACAACAGUAACUAUAGAAGAAAUUAAAGACGACAUUAUUUUUAAACCACAAGAAAUUGUAGAAAUGCCAGAAGAGGUUCAAAUAAUUGAACAAAUUCAACCGGACGGUAGAAGAUCUAAAAAGGUUAUUAAGAAACGUGUAAUCAAAAAACGCAAAGACGGCAAGCAAGAAGCAACUGAAAUUGUAACAAUUGAAGAAGAAGGUAAAAAACCUGAAACAACAGUAACUAUAGAAGAAAUUAAAGACGACAUUAUUUUCAAACCACAAGAAAUUGAAGAAAUGCCAGAAGAGGUUCAAGUAAUUGAACAAAUUCAACCGGACGGUAGAAAAUCGAAGAAGGUAAUCAAGAAACGUGUAAUCAAAAAACGCAAAGAUGGCAAGCAAGAAGCAACUGAAAUUGUAACAAUUGAAGAAGAAGGUAAGAAACCUGAAACAACAGUAACUAUAGAAGAAAUUAAUGACGACAUUAUUUUUAAACCACAAGAAAUUGUAGAAAUGCCAGAAGAGGUUCAAAUAAUUGAACAAAUUCAACCGGACGGUAGAAGAUCUAAAAAGGUUAUUAAGAAACGUGUAAUCAAAAAACGCAAAGACGGCAAGCAAGAAGCAACUGAAAUUGUAACAAUUGAAGAAGAAGGUAAGAAACCUGAAACAACAGUAACCGUGGAAGAAAUUAAGGACGAUAUUGUUUUUAAACCACAAGAAAUUGAAGAAAUGCCAGAAGAGGUUCAAGUAAUUGAACAAAUUCAACCGGACGGUAGAAGAUCCAAAAAGGUUAUCAAGAAACGUGUAAUCAAAAAACGCAAAGACGGCAAGCAAGAAGCAACUGAAAUUGUAACAAUUAAAGAAGAAGGUAAGAAACCUGAAACAACAGUAACUGUGGAAGAAAUUAAAGACGACAUUAUUUUCAAACCACAAGAAAUUGAAGAAAUGCCAGAAGAGGUUCAAGUAAUUGAACAAAUUCAACCGGACGGUAGAAGAUCUAAAAAGGUUAUCAAGAAACGUGUAAUUAAAAAACGCAAAGAUGGCAAGCAAGAAGCAACUGAAAUCGUAACAAUUGAAGAAGAGGGUAAGAAACCUGAAACAACAGUAACUGUAGAAGAAAUUAAAGAUGACAUUAUAUUUAAAACACAAGAAAUUGUAGAAAUGCCAGAAGAUGUUCAAGUAAUUGAACAAAUUCAACCGGAUGGUAGAAAAUCGAAGAAGGUAAUCAAGAAACGUGUAAUCAAAAAACGUAAAGAUGGGAAGCAAGAGGCAACUGAAAUUGUAACAAUUGAAGAAGAAGGUAAGAAACCUGAAACAACAGUAACUGUAGAAGAAAUAAAAGAUGACAUUAUUUUUAAACCACAAGAAAUUGUAGAAAUGCCAGAAGAGGUUCAAGUGAUUGAACAAAUUCAACCGGAUGGUAGAAAAUCGAAAAAGGUUAUCAAGAAACGUGUAAUUAAAAAACGCAAAGAUGGCAAGCAAGAAGCAACUGAAAUCGUAACAAUUGAAGAAGAGGGUAAGAAACCUGAAACAACAGUAACUGUAGAAGAAAUUAAAGAUGACAUUAUAUUUAAACCACAAGAAAUUGUAGAAAUGCCAGAAGAGGUUCAAGUAAUUGAACAAAUUCAACCGGAUGGUAGAAAAUCGAAGAAGGUAAUCAAGAAACGUGUAAUCAAAAAACGUAAAGAUGGGAAGCAAGAGGCAACUGAAAUUGUAACAAUUGAAGAAGAAGGUAAGAAACCUGAAACAACAGUAACUGUAGAAGAAAUAAAAGAUGACAUUAUUUUUAAACCACAAGAAAUUGUAGAAAUGCCAGAAGAGGUUCAAGUGAUUGAACAAAUUCAACCCGACGGUACAAAAUCGAAGAAGGUAAUCAAGAAAUGUGUAAUUAAAAAAUACAAAGAUGGCAAGCAAGAAGCAACUGAAAUUGUAACAAUCGAGGAAGAAGGUAAGAAACCUGAAACAACAGUAACAAUAGAAGAAAUUAAAGAUAACAUUAUUUUUAAACAACAAGGAAUUGAAGAAAUGCCAGAAGAGGUUCAAGUAAUUGAACAAAUUCAACCGGAUGGUAGAAAAUCGAAAAAGGUUAUCAAGAAACGUGUAAUUAAAAAACGCAAAGAUGGCAAGCAAGAAGCAACUGAAAUCGUAACAAUUGAAGAAGAAGGUAAGAAACCUGAAACAACAGUAACCGUGGAAGAAAUUAAGGACGAUAUUGUUUUUAAACCACAAGAAAUUAAAGAAAUGCCAGAAGAGGUUCAAGUUAUUGAAAAAAUUCAACCGGACGGUAGAAAAUCCAAAAAGGUAAUCAAGAAACGGGUAAUUAAAAAACGCAAAGAUGGCAAGCAAGAAGUAACUGAAAUUGUAACGAUUGAAGAAGAAGGUAAGAAACCUGAAACAACAGUAACUGUAGAAGAAAUAAAAGAUGACAUUAUGUUCAAACCACAAGAAAUUGUAGAAAUGCCGGAAGAAGUUCAAGUAAUUGAACAAAUUCAACCGGACGGUAAAAAAUCUAAAAAGGUUAUCAAGAAACGUGUAAUCAAUAAACGCAAAGAUGGAAAGCAAGAAAAAACUGAAAUUGUAACAAUUCAAGAAGAAGGUAAGAAACCUGAAACAACAGUAACUGUGGAAGAAAUUAAGGACGAUAUUAUUUUCAAACCACAAGAAAUUGAAGAAAUGCCUGAGGAAGUUCAGGUCAUUGAACACAUUCAACCAGACGGCAAAAAAUCCAAGAAAGUUAUUAAGAAACGUGUCAUUAAAAAACGCAAAGAUGGCAAACAAGAAGCUACUGAAAUAGUUACUAUUGAGGAAGAGGGUAAGAAACCACAAACUACCGUAACGGUUGAGGAAAUAACAGAUGAAGAGAUUUUAUUUAAACCCAUGAAAAUUGAAGAAAUGCCUGAAGAAAUCAAAGUAAUUGAACAAAUUCAACCAGAUGGCAAAAAAUCUAGGAAAGUUAUUAAAAAACGUGUUAUUAAAAAAAGUAAAGAUGGCAAACAAGAAGCUACUGAAAUUGUUACUGUUGAAGAAGAAGGUAAGAAACCUCAAACUACAGUAACUGUUGAGGAAAUAACAGACGAAGACAUUUUCUUUAAACCCAUGGAAAUUGAAGAAAUGCCUGAAGAAGUCCAAGUAAUUGAACAAAUUCAACCAGACGGCAAAAAAUCUAAGAAAAUUAUCAAGAAACGUGUUAUUAAAAAACGCAAAGAUGGCAAACAAGAAGCUACUGAAAUAGUUACUGUUGAAGAAGAAGGUAAGAAACCUCAAACUACCGUAACGGUUGAGGAAAUAACAGACGAAGACAUUUUCUUUAAACCCAUGGAAAUUGAAGAAAUGCCUGAAGAAGUCCAAGUAAUUGAACAAAUUCAACCAGACGGCAAAAAAUCUAAGAAAAUUAUCAAGAAACGUGUCAUUAAAAAACGUAAAGAUGGCAAACAAGAAGCUACUGAAAUAGUUACUGUUGAGGAAGAUGGUAAGAAACCUCAAACUACCGUAACUGUUGAGCAAAUAACAGAUGAAGAAAUUUCAUUUAAACCUAUGGAAAUUAAAGAAAUGCCUGAGGAAAUUCAGGUCAUUAAACAAAUUCAACCAGACGGCAAAACAUUUAAGAAAAUUAUUAGGAAACGUGUCAUUAAAAAACGUAAAGAUGGCAAACAAGAAGCUACUGAAAUUGUUACUGUUGAAGAAGAAGGUAAGAAACCUCAAACUACAGUAACUGUUGAGGAAAUAACAGAUGAAGAUAUUUUCUUUAAACCCAUGGAAAUUGAAGAAAUGCCUGAAGAAAUCCAAGUAAUUGAACAAGUUCAAGCAGACGGCAAAAAAUCUAAGAAAGUUAUUAAAAAACGUAUUAUUAAAAAACGUAAAGAUGGCAAACAAGAAGCUACUGAAAUAGUUACUGUUGAAGAAGAAGGUAAGAAACCUCAAACUACCGUAACGGUUAAGGAAAUAACAGAUGAAGAUAUUUUCUUUAAACCCAUGGAAAUUGAAGAAAUGCCUGAAGAAGUCCAAGUAAUUGAACAAGUUCAAGCAGACGGCAAAAAAUCUAAGAAAGUUAUUAAAAAACGUGUUAUUAAAAAACGUAAAGAUGGCAAACAAGAAGCUACUGAAAUAGUUACUAUUGAAGAAGAAGGUAAGAAACCUCAAACUACCGUAACGGUUGAAGAAAUAACAGACGAAGACAUUUUCUUUAAACCCAUGGAAAUUGAAGAAAUGCCUGAAGAAGUCCAAGUAAUUGAACAAAUUCAACCAGACGGCAAAAAAUCUAAGAAAGUUAUUAAAAAACGUGUUAUUAAAAAACGUAAAGAUGGCAAACAAGAAGCUACAGAAAUAGUUACUGUUGAAGAAGAAGGUAAGAAACCUCAAACUACCGUAACCGUCGAGGAAAUAACAGAUGAAGAAAUUUUCUUUAAACCUAUGGAAAUUGAAGAAAUGCCUGAAGAAGUUAAAGUAAUUGAACAAAUUCAACCAGAUGGCAAAAAAUCUAAAAAAGUUAUUAAGAAACGUGUCAUUAAAAAAUUUAAAGAUGGUAAACAAGAAGCAACUGAAAUAGUAACUGUUGAAGAGGAAGGUAAAAAACCUGAGACAACUGUUAGUAUUAAGGAUAUUACCGAAGAAGAAAAAGUCAGAAGACCUAGAAAAAAGGUUAAGUCAGAUAAAGAAGAAAAAAUUCUGUUUGUUCCAAGCCUUGCAAAUAAAAGUGAUGAUGAAGAAGUUGUAGAUUUAAUUAGGAUAGAGAUGUUAAAAAAGAUGUUAGUAAAACCCGAAGAUACUGAAAUAGUUACUGUUAAAGAAGAAGUUAAUAAACCUCUAACUGCAGUAACCAUUAAAGAAACAACAGAUGAAGAAUUUGUCGUAAAACCAAUGGAAAUUGAAGAAAUGCCUGAAGAAAUCCAAGUAUUUGAAACAAUUCAACCAGAUGGCAAAAAAUCCAAGAAAGUUAUUAGGAAACGUGUAAUUAGGAAACGUAAAGAUGGCAAACAAGAAGCUACUGAAAUAGUUACUGUUGAAGAAGAAGGUAAGAAACCUCAAACUACCGUAAAUGUUGAGAAAAUAACAGAUGAAGAAAUUUUCUUCAAACCCAUGGAAAUUGAAGAAAUGCCUGAAGAAGUAAAAGUAGUUGAACAAAUUCAACCAGAUGGCAAAAAAUCUAAGAAAGUUAUUAGGAAACGUGUAAUUAGGAAACGUAAAGAUGGCAAACAAGAAGCUACUGAAAUAGUUACUGUUGAAGAAGAAGGUAGAAAACCUCAAACUACUGUAACCGUUGAGGAAAUAACAGAUGAAGAAAUUUCAUUUAAACCCAUGGAAAUUGAAGAAAUGCCUGAAGAAGUUCAAGUAAUUGAACAAAUUCAACCAGAUGGCAAAAAAUCCAAGAAAGUUAUUAGGAAACGUGUAAUUAGGAAACGUAAAGAUGGCAAACAAGAAGCUACUGAAAUAGUUACUGUUGAAGAAGAAGGUAGAAAACCUCAAACUACUGUAACCGUUGAGGAAAUAACAGAUAAAGAAAUUUCAUUUAAACCCAUGGAAAUUGAAGAAAUGCCUGAAGAAGUUCAAGUAAUUGAACAAAUUCAUCCAGAUGGCAAAAAAUCCAAGAAAGUUAUUAGGAAACGUGUAAUUAGAAAACGUAAAGAUGGCAAACAAGAAGCUACUGAAAUAGUUACUGUUGAAGAAGAAGGUAGAAAACCUCAAACUACUGUAACCGUUGAGGAAAUAACAGAUGAAGAAAUUUCAUUUAAACCCAUGGAAAUUGAAGAAAUGCCUGAAGAAGUUCAAGUAAUUGAACAAAUUCAACCAGAUGGCAAAAAAUCCAAGAAAGUUAUUAGGAAACGUGUAAUUAGAAAACGUAAAGAUGGCAAACAAGAAGCUACUGAAAUAGUUACUGUUGAAGAAGAAGGUAGAAAACCUCAAACUACUGUAACCGUUGAGGAAAUAACAGAUGAAGAAAUUUCAUUUACACCCAUGGAAAUUGAAGAAAUGCCUGAAGAAGUUCAAGUAAUUGAACAAAUUCAACCAGAUGGCAAAAAAUCCAAGAAAGUUAUUAGGAAACGUGUAAUUAGAAAACGUAAAGAUGGCAAACAAGAAGCUACUGAAAUAGUUACUGUUGAAGAAGAAGGUAGAAAACCUCAAACUACUGUAACCGUUGAGGAAAUAACAGAUGAAGAAAUUUCAUUUAAACCCAUGGAAAUUGAAGAAAUGCCUGAAGAAGUUCAAGUAAUUGAACAAAUUCAACCAGAUGGCAAAAAAUCCAAGAAAGUUAUUAGGAAACGUGUAAUUAGAAAACGUAAAGAUGGCAAACAAGAAGCUACUGAAAUAGUUACUGUUGAAGAGGAAGGUAGAAAACCUCAAACUACUGUAACCGUUGAGGAAAUAACAGAUGAAGAAAUUUCAUUUAAACCCAUGGAAAUUGAAGAAAUGCCUGAAGAAGUUCAAGUAAUUGAACAAAUUCAACCAGAUGGCAAAAAAUCUAAGAAAGUUAUUAAGAAACGUGUCAUUAAAAAACGAAAAGAGGGCAAACAAGAAGCUACUGAAAUAGUUACUGUUGAGGAAGAUGGCAAGAAACCUCAAACUACCGUAACUGUUGAGCAAAUAACAGAUGAAGAAAUUUUAUUUAAACCCAUGGAAAUUGAAGAAAUUCCUGAAGAAAUUCAUGUAAUUGAACAAAUUCAACCAGAUGGCAAAAAAUCUAAGAAAGUUAUUAAAAAACGUGUCAUUAAAAAACGUAAAGAUGGCAAACAAGAAGCUACUGAAAUAGUUACUGUUGAGGAAGAUGGUAAGAAACCUCAAACAACCGUAACUGUUAGGCAAAUAUCAGAUGAAGAAAUUUCCUUUAAACCCAUGGAAAUUAAAGAAAUGCCUGAAGAAGUCCAAGUAAUUGAACAAAUUCAACCAGACGGCAAAAAGUCUAAGAAAGUUAUUAAGAAACGUGUUAUUAAAAAAUUGAAAGAUGGCAAACAAGAAGCCACUAAAAUAGUUACUGUUGAAGAAGAAGGUAGAAAACCUCAAACUACCGUAACAGUCGAAGAAAUAACAGAUGAAGAAAUUUCCUUUAAAGCUAUGGAAAUUGAAGAAAUGCCUGAAGAAGUUCAAGUAAUUGAACAAAUUCAACCAGAUGGCAAAAAAUCCAAGAAAGUUAUUAGGAAACGUGUAAUUAGAAAACGUAAAGAUGGCAAACAAGAAGCUACUGAAAUAGUUACUGUUGAAGAGGAAGGUAGAAAACCUCAAACUACUGUAACAGUUGAGGAAAUAACAGAUGAAGAAAUUUUAUUUAAACCCAUGGAAAUUGAAGAAAUGCCUGAAGAAGUUCAAGUAAUUGAACAAAUUCAACCAGAUGGCAAAAAAUCUAAGAAAGUUAUUAAGAAACGUGUCAUUAAAAAACUAAAAGAUGGCAAACAAGAAGCUACUGAAAUAGUUACUGUUGAGGAAGAUGGUAAGAAACCUCAAACUACCGUAACUGUUGAGCAAAUAACAGAUGAAGAAAUUUUAUUUAAACCCAUGGAAAUUGAAGAAAUUCCUGAAGAAGUUCAUGUAAUUGAACAAAUUCAACCAGAUGGCAAAAAAUCUAAGAAAGUUAUUAAAAAACGUGUCAUUAAAAAACGUAAAGAUGGCAAACAAGAAGCUACUGAAAUAGUUACUGUUGAGGAAGAUGGUAAGAAACCUCAAACAACCGUAACUGUUAGGCAAAUAUCAGAUGAAGAAAUUUCCUUUAAACCCAUGGAAAUUAAAGAAAUGCCUGAAGAAGUCCAAGUAAUUGAACAAAUUCAACCAGACGGCAAAAAGUCUAAGAAAGUUAUUAAGAAACGUGUUAUUAAAAAAUUGAAAGAUGGCAAACAAGAAGCUACUAAAAUAGUUACUGUUGAAGAAGAAGGUAGAAAACCUCAAACUACCGUAACAGUCGAAGAAAUAACAGAUGAAGAAAUUUCCUUUAAAGCUAUGGAAAUUGAAGAAUUGCCUGAAGAAAUCCAAGUAAUUGAACAAAUUCAACCAGAUGGCAAAAAAUCUAAGAAAGUUAUUAGAAAACGUGUAAUUAGAAAUCGCAAAGAUGGCAAACAAGAAGCUACUGAAAUAGUUACUGUUGAGGAAGAUGGUAAGAAACCUCAAACCACCGUAACAGUUGAAGAAAUAACAGAUGAAGAAAUUUCAUUUAAACCCAUGGAAAUUGAAGAAAUGCCUGAAGAAGUAAAAGUAAUUGAACAAAUUCAACCAGACGGCAAAAAAUCUAAGAAAGUUAUGAAGAAACGUGUUAUUAAAAAAUGUAAAGAUGGUAAACAUGAAGUUACUGAAAUAGUUACUAUUGAAGAGGAAGGUAAAAAACCUGAGACAACUGUUACUAUUAAGGAUAUUACCGAAGGGAAAAGAGAGAGAAGACCUAGAAAAAAGGUUAAGUCAGAUAAAGAAGAAAAAAUCCUGUUUGUUCCAAGCCUUGCAAAUAAAAAUGAUGAUGAAGAAGUUGUAGAUUUAAUUAGGAUAGAGAUGUUAAAAAAGAUGUUAGUAAAACCCGAAGAUGAAAAUAUAGGAAUUGAUGAGGAAACUAUAGAAAAAAGGAAAAAGAAAAAACCUCUUAUUAAAAAGAAACCAGACCAAAAGCCAGAGAAUGUUGGACCUGAAAUUUUAGAAGAGCUUCCUGAAGAAAUUACUAUUACUGAAAAGACAUCACCAGAUGGAAGGCCUCUAAUAAAAACCGAAAAGAAGCGAGUUAUCAAAAAACAUAAAAAUGGAAAAAUAGAACAAACAAAUAUUGUAACAGUUUUGGAGGAUGAAAACGCGCCUGUAAUUAGUGUUACUGUUGAAGAAAUUGAACCAACCUCAGACUAUACACAAAGUAGACCCGCUACUAUAAAUAACGUAUAUGAAGAAGUUGAUGUUUUUGAUAGCAUUAAUGAAAAUGGCUUACCUGUUAAACAAACAAUUAGAAAGAAAGUUAUUAAGAAAAUAAAAGGAAAUAAGGAAGAAAUUACAACAAUUAAAUCAGUAGAGGAAGAUUAUAAAGAACCCCUAAUUGAUGUAACUGUCGAAGAAUUACCUGUGAAUAAACAGUUGGAAACCCCAAAUACGUUACCACAAGUUGUAGAAAUGCCUAUAGAAAUACAAGAAGUUAUAACUAUAAAUGAUAAAGGUUUACCUUCUAAAAAAGUAUUUAAGAAAAGAACAAUUAAAAAACGAAAGGGAUCGAAAAAUGAAAUAACUAGUAUUUGUACAGAGGAAGAAGAAGGAAAAUCACCAAAAACUUCUGUAACAAUUCAGGAAGUUGAUUUAACAGAAGAUGAAAUUAUAUUGUUACCAGAACUUGAAGAGCUCCCUGAAGAAAAAGAAGUUAUUAAUACAACAAAUUCAGAUGGUAGAGUGACCAAAAAAAUUAUUAAUAGACGUAAAAUUUUAAAUAGGAAGGGUGAUAAAGAAGAAGUUACAAAUAUUGUUUCCAUCGCAGAAGACGAUAACAAACCCCAAACUGUUGUUUCUGUAAGCGAAAUUAAAACACCUACUAAAAAAACUCACAAGAAAAAGCCAAAGUCGGCUGAUUCAGAACCAAAUAUACUAUUUAUACCAUCACUUUCCGAAAAAGAAGAGCCACCAUCUGUUGAAGAAGUAUUAGAUUUAGUCCGACUAGUUGUUGUUAAAAAAGCUUUAUCACAUCCCACUCCUCAAUAUCCAAAAGAAAUUAAUAUUUCGCAAAUGGCAAUAGAAUCUUUUAUGUCCGAACUCCCAGAGGAAGUAACUUUUGUUGAGACGCCUUCUGGAAGAAAAGAAAUUCGUAAAAGACGUAUUAAGAAAAAACAUUCUGACAAAGAUGAAAUAAUAACAAUUACAACAACACAAGAGGAGGAUCAACCUUCAGAGGUUAACAUUUGUGUAGAGGAGGUAAAAUCUCCAGAAUUCUCUGAAAUGUAUAAGGAAAUACCCAUGAUUGAACUUCCUGAAGAAAUUCAAACUAUAGAAAUAAGUACAGCAGACACCAUACCAAAGAAAAAAAUAACCAAGAAAAGAACAUUGCUUAAAAAAGUUGGUCCUAAUUUAGAGGCAACUGAAAUAAUAACAGUUUUGGAAGAUGGUAAAGAACCGGAGCAAACAGUAGUUUUAAAAGAAUACCCAGAGUCUGAAAUAAAACAAAAACUUCAAAAAAUUAAACAACCAAUUCAAAUUGUUGAAGUUAAACCAACAAAAGCCAAACUUAUUAGCAAGGAAGAAUUACCACUAUUAUCUCAGAUAAAGUUAAAGAAACCCAAAGUUUCUCGAAAAAUAGAACAAACAAAAAAGUUUCCAAAGGAUAAUGGAAUUUUAUCAAGAAAUGUAAAAGAAGCUGAAGAAGUUAUUAAAAAACGAAAGUAUAAACCUAAACAAAUCCCAGAUUUAGAUAUGCCAGAAUUGGAAAAAGUUGAAAGAUACGAAAUGCCCGAAAAAGAUGUGUGUGAUAGAAAAAAAGAUAAAAAGAAACCUAAAACCAGCUUAAAGAAAAAAAUUGACACGCCAGAGGAAAAUAAAAAAUUAUUGAUAGGAAAAGGAAAAGUUCCAGUAAAUGAAGAAAAUAUUGAAACAAUAAAACUUAAAAAGGUACCAUUGCAAGAAACUGAAGAAAAACCAGUGAAAGAAGAAUUAGUAAAUAAAGAUAUUCCUCUAGAAACUAAUGUUAAGGAAAAGGUAAAGAGAAAACCGUCCGAAAAAAUUGAAUUCGAGCCGUACGAUAUUAACAGAAGUCCAGUGGAUUUAGAAAAGCCCGACAAAAUCGAACAAGAUGACACCGAGAGUAUAAAUGAGGGUAAAACUAAAAAAUAUAAGAGGAAACCUAAAACUAAACUUUCUCCUGAAACAGAAAUGAUGGAAAUUAAACCAGGUAUGCCGAAACCAGCAAGUGAAGUUAAGGAAGUAGAAAAAACAUUUAAGCCUAAACAUGGUAAUAAACCAAAAAAUACUGAAGAUGCUAUAAAAUUAAAACCAUUUAAAAAACCUAAAGAAGAAGAGGUUUACUAUAAAGUAUCUGGUACUAUGAAAAUUCCAUAUUCCAUCCCAACUGUAAUUUUUAAACUACCCGAGCAAGUUUUUGAAAUUGUUGAUACAUCUCCUAGUGGAAAACCAAUCAAAAAGACUAUAAAGAAAAUAAUCUAUAAAAAGAAAAAAGGACCGGUUUUAGAAACAACCAUAUUGGAAAGUGUAAUACCAGAAGAAGGUAUACCGGAAUGUAAAGUAACUAUUACAGAAGAGUUGCAAGAACAAACUGAAGAAUUUCUACCUGAAGAUCUGGAAGAGGUAAUUGAAAUGCCCGAAGAAAUAAAUAUUAUAGAGGAAGUGGUCGAUAAUAUCAUUACUACUAAAAAAAUUAAAAAGAGGGUUUUAAAGAAGAAAAAAGGCCCACAUCAGGAAAUAACUGAAAUAUGUACGGUUGAGGAGGAAGGAAAAGAGCCAGAAGUCAUAUUUUCUAUUUCUGAAGAACCUUUUGAAGAAAAAGAAUCUAUAAUUGUGGAAUUACCUGAAAAAGAACAACCCUCUGAUGACUCUAAACCUAAAACCGUCAAAACAAAGAGCAUCAAAAAGUUACUAAAACCUAAACAAGAAGUAACUACAAUUCAAACUGUACAAGAAGAAGGUAAAACUCCAAUUACCUAUAUUAUAACAGAAGAAGAAACUCCAAACUUAUCCGAAUUUUUGGAAAAUGAUCAAAUUGAAGAAAUUCCCGAAUUCGAAAUUGAAGAAAAAUAUGAAAAAGGAACAAGAAAACAAAAAACGGUUAAAAGAGUUCUUAAAAAACGCGUUGGGGAUAAAGUAGAGGUUACUAAUAUUACAACGAAAAAAGAUAAAUGGGGUUUACCAACUACAGAAAUAGAUAUUGUUUUUGAAGAAUGUGAACCUAUUUUCCCACCAAAAAUAAAACCACAAAAAGCUAAUAGUCUAACGGUCGAACUUCCAGAAGAAGUUAAAGUUUUGGAAGAAAUUUCUGAAGAUGGUACGCCGUCUAAAAAGAUAAUAAAAACGAGAAAAAUUAAAAAAUUAACGGUUCCCAAACAAGAAAUAGUUAACAUAACUAAAACAUACGAAGAGUUCCAAAAGCCUGUUUCAGAAGUAACUAUAGAAGAGAUUGAAACAACAGAUCUAGAAGACCUAUUACAGGGUGAUAUUCUUAUUGAUAUAACACAUAACCAAGAUAUUAAAAAACCUAAGAAGAAAACUUACAAAAAACAAAAUAAAAAUAAGGUUGAAAUCAUAGAAAUUCAAGAAACUCCAGAGAUUUCGGUUGUAAUACAAAAAUGUACUGUGUUUGAAUUACAACCAAUAGAAGACACAGAAGCAGAACCAUUUAAGACAAAAACUCCUAAAUUAAUGAAAUCACAACCAACAGUAAUAGAAUUACCAGAAAAAGUAACUAUUUCAGAGGUUUUGUCACAACAAGGCCCAAAACAAAAAAUUGUAAAGAAAAGAAUAAUUAAAAAACCCAAAGAAAUAAUUGAAAUAAUCGAAGAAGAUAAAGAAAAACCAACAGUAAUUAUAACCGAAGUAGAUGAAGAAUUAUAUCCCAGGGAAGAAGAUAUUUUUAUUGAGGAACUACCACAAAAAUUAGACGAAAUUGAAGAGAUAAAAGAUGGUAAAAUUUCAAAGAAAUCUGUUAAAAAGCGACUAUUUAAGAAAGACAAAGAUGAUAAAAAGGAAAUAACAGAAAUUUUAAGCAUCCAGGAAGACGACAAACCAACAGAAACUGUUAUAAAUGUUUUUACCACUGACUCAGAUAUGUUACAAACGUUUGUAGAUAAAUUAUUAACACCAUUCGAUUUUACAUAUCCAAAUGUUAAUAUAACACCCACUGAAACUUCACCUUUGACAUCCACUAAAAUAAUUACAGAAGUACACACAACUGAACAAACACAGGAUACACCCUUAGGGGAAAUGCCACAAAAACCCGUGAAAGCUAAAGGAAAGCGCGUUCAGGAAUUACAUGAACACGUAAUAAUUGAAGAAGUUCAAUCACAAAGAGCUGCCGAUGCCACUCCAAAGAAAAUUAUAAAAUCAGGUUCUGCAGUGGAGAUAAUAACUCCAGACCUUGUAAAAAUUAUAACGCAAAAACCUAUAGUUGUUGAAGAAUCACCAGAGGAAAUUAAAAUAACAGAAAUUGUUUCAGACCAAGGCCUGCCUUUAAAGAAAGUAGUAAAGAAAAGGGUAAUUAAAAAACAUAAAGAUGGAAAACAAGAAUCAACUGAAAUUAUAACUGUCGAGGAAGAAGGACAAAUUCCAAAAUCAACAGUGACCAUUGAAGAAAUAGAGAUGCCAGAAGAGUUGGAAGAUAAGCCAGUAUUUAUAGAAGAAUUACCAGAAGAAAUAAAUGAAGAAGAGAUCUUAAAUGAAACUGGAAAAUUAGUUAAAAAGAAAAUUAAAAAACGUGUAAUUAAAAAGCAAGUUGGCAAAAAACAAGAGAUAACAGAAAUAUUAACAAUUGAGGUAAAAGGAAAACAACCACAAACGUGUGUCACUUUAGAGGAGAUAAUUGUCCCAGAAGAGGUUCUUAUAUUUAAACCAACUAAUAUAGAAGAACUUCCCCAAGAAGUAAAAGUAAUUGAAACUAUUGAAAAGGGUAAAUCUAAGAAGAAAAUUGUCACAAAGAGGACAAUAAGAAAACGAAAAGGAAGCAAGCAUGAAAUAACCGAAUUAAUUACAACCGAAGAAGAAGGUAAAAGACCACAAACAGUUGUAAUUGUUGAAGAAAUCCCUGAAGAUAAUGAACCCUACUUAAUAGAACUGCCUGAAGACAUUAAGGUAGAGGAGAGGGAUGAGGGAAAGAAAGUCACUAAAACAAGAACAAUUAAAAAGAAAAGGGGUAGUAAAUCAGAAGUAACGUUACUUGUAACAGUGGAAGAAGAAGGAAAAAAACCAGAGGUGAGCGUUAUUGUCGAAGAAAUUCCACUUGAAGAAAAAACAAUAAAGAAAAAGCCCAAGCAACCAAAGACCACUGAUAAAGACAUUUUGAAAAAGGUUAAAGUUGAAGAAGGCAAACAGCCACAAAUCUCUUAUGUUAUAGAAGAUAUUAAAUCUUUAGAGGAUCUUUCUGAUUUUAAACCUAGCUUUAUAGAAGAAGUUCCAGAACAAAUUGAUGUUAUUGAAAUAAUUGAUGAAAAGGGUUUACCUAAGAAAAAAGUUAUAAAAAAGAAAGUUUUAAAACAAAGAAAAGGAAGCAGACAAGAAAUUAAAGAGUUUUUGACAGUAGAAGAGGAUGGAAAAAUACCUCAAACAACAGUUACAGUAGAAGAAAUCGAGAUACCUCAUUUCAAGCCUAUAUUUAUCGAAGAGAUACCAGAAGAAGUCAAAGUUGUUGAAAUUAUAGAUAAAGGUAUAACGAAACAAAAAAUAAUUAAGAAGAAAGUAUUUAAAAAACCUAAAGGAGAUAAGCAAGAAAUAACAGAAAUAGUUACUGUUGAGGAAGAGGGAAUAAAACCACAAACAACUGUUACAAUUAAAGAAAUUGAAUUGCCCGAAGUAGUGGAACAAUAUGUGCCUAUAUUUAUAGAAGAAUCACCAGAGGAAGUUCGUGUUGAGGAAAUUGUAGAUAAGGAAGGUAAAAAGGUUAAAAAGGUUAUUAAAAAGAAAUUGUUGAGAAAACGUAAAGGAAGCAAAGAAGAAAUUACCAAAUUUACAAUUGUGGAAGAAGAAGGUAAAAAGACAGAGACAAGUAUUACAAUUGAAGAAAUUAAUGUUCCUGAGUUAAAACCGGAUUAUAUCGAAGAACUGCCCGAGGAAGUUCAAAUAAUUGAAACAAUUAAUAAACAGGGCAAACCAGAACAUAAAGUAAUUAAAAAGAAAGUAUUAAGAAAAAGAAAGGGAAGUAAACACGAAUUGACAGAGCUUAUUACAGUUGAGGAGGAAGGCAAAGAACCUAAAACAACAGUAACAAUUCAGGAAAUUGAUGAACCUAAAGAAGUAGACAAAUUUAAACCUAGUUACAUAGAAGAAGAGCCUGAACAAGUGCAGAUAACAGAAAUUGUUGACGAUAAAGGUAUCACACAUCAAAAGGUUAUCAAAAAGAAAGUACUUAAAAAACGAAAGGGUAGUAAACAUGAAAUAACGGAACUUGUCACUGUAGAAGAAGAUGGAAAGAAACCUCAAACAUCAGUUACUAUAGAAGAAAUUGAAAUAGCUGAAUUUAUACCAACUUAUGUUGAAGAAAUGCCAGAAAAAGUCGAAGUAAUUGAGCAACUGGAUGAGAAGGAAAUACCUCAUAAAAAAAUAUUAAAGACAAAAACUCUUAAAAAACGAAAAGGAAGCAAACAGGAAAUUGUGGAACUUGUAACCUUGGAAGAAGAAGGAAAGAAACCACAAACAUCAGUAACGAUUGAGGAAAUCGAAGUACCAUUUGAGGAGGAAUAUAUUCCUGAAUAUAUUGAAGAACUUCCAGAACAAAUCCAAGUAAUUGAAACUAUAAAGGAAAAAGGAUUGCCGGAAAAGAAAAUCGUUAAAAAGAAGGUGUUUAAGAAACGUAAAGGUAGUAUACAGGAAAUAACAGAAUUUGUAACUGUCGAAGAAGAAGGUAAAAAGCCACAAACAACCGUGACUAUUGAGGAAAUUCCAGUUCUAGAGAUGGAUAAAAUAGAAGAAUUACCUGAACAAAUACAGUACAUCGAAACUGUUGACGAAAAAGGAAUGCCGCAUAAAACUACUAUCAAACGAAAAACAUUAAAGAAAAGAAAAGGUAGUACACAUGAAAUAACUCAAUUUGUCACUAUAGAAGAAGAAGGAAAGAAACCUCAAACCGUAGUUACUGUGGAAGAUAUUCAAUUACCAGAAGGUUUGCCCAUAUUAAAACCAAAAUUGGAUGAAAAGCCCAAAAAGAAAGUAAAGGCCAAGGAGCCACAAAAGGAAAUAUUUGGAAAAGUGAAAAUGGUAGAGGAAAUAAAACCUCAGGUAUCAUAUGUAGUUGAAGACAUUAAAUCAUUUGAAAGUGAAUUGAUAUUCAAACCAAGCGAUAUAGAGGAAUCCCCACAGCAAGUUGAAAUUAUUGAAACUAUUGAUGAGAGAGGCGUACCGGUAAAGAAAAUCAUUAAAAAGAAAACUUUAAAGAAAAGAAAAGGUAGUAAACAUGAAAUUACCGAAUUUACUACAAUAGAAGAAGACGGUAAAAAACCAGAUACGUCGGUGAUUAUUCAAGAGAUUGAAGACAUCGAGGAUACCUUGGAAUUUAAACCAAGCUUUAUUGAGGAGACGCCUGAACAAAUAGAAGAAUUUGAAACUAUUAAUAAAGAAGGAAUUACGAAAAAAACAGUAGUGACAAAGAAGAUAAUGAAAAAGCGUAAAGGUAGUAAACAAGAAAUUUCUGAACUUAUAACAGUCGAAGAAGAAGGAAAGAAACCUCAAACCAGUAUUACUAUUGAAGAAUUUGAACUUCCAGAAGAAUUUAAAGCAGAUGAAGUUGAGGAAUUACCUGAGCAAAUACAAAUAAUAGAAACUAUGAAUCAAGAUGGCCCGAAACAAAAAAUUAUUAAAAAGAGGGUAAUUAAAAAACGGAAGGGAAGCGGGCAAGAGGUUACAGAGCUAGUAACCACUGAAGAAGAUGGUAAAAAACCUCAGUUGGCUGUAAUUGUAAAAGAAAUAGAUGAAGUAUUCAAACCCACCUUUAUUGAAGAACUACCAGAAGAAGUUAAAGUAAUUGAAACUAUAUCAGAUGGUAAGUUAACUGAAAAAACAAUUAAAAAGCGAACUAUUAAAAAACAUAAAGGAGAUAAAAACGAGGUAAUGACACUUACAACUGUAGAAGAAUCAGGUAAAAAACCAUCAACAACUGUUUUAAUUGAAGAAAUUGAGUCUACCGAAAUACUUCCGGAAUUUAAAGUUAGUAAUAUAGAAGAAUUACCAGAAGAAGUCCAUGUUAUUGAAACAAUCGAAAAAGGAAAACCUAAACAAAAAAUGAUAAAACAAACAACAUUAAAGAAACCUAAGGGUCAUAAACAGGAAGUUACCAAAAUUUUUGUGACUGAAGAAGAGGGAAAGAAGCCCAAAACUUCAGUUGUAAUAGAGGAAAUUGAAGAAGUGUUUAAACCUACCUAUGUUGAAGAAUUCCCGGAAGAAGUAAAAGUAAUUGAAAUAUUAUCUCAGGAAGGAUUACCAAGUAAAAAGGUUAUUAAAAAACGAGUAAUUAAAAAACGAAAGGGAAGUACUGAUGAAAUUACUGAAUUAAUUACUACCGAAGAAACUGGAAAAGAACCACUAACAACGGUUACAAUUGAGGAAAUUCCUAUAAUCGAAGAAGAAAUAUUUAAACAACCAGAACUAAAAGAACUACCAGAAGAAAUACAAGUUAUUGAAGGUGUUUCUGAAAAAGGCGAGCCAACUAUAAAAACUACUAAAAAGAGGGUAAUUAAAAAGCAAACAGGUAAUAAACAAGAAUUGACUCAAAUAGUUACUAUCGAAGAAACAGGUAAAAAGCCACAAACUGCUAUUGUUUUAAAAGAAAUUACAGUUGCAGAUAAAGAAUUAAUAUUUAAACCUGAGUAUUCAGAAGAGUAUCCCGAAGAAGUAAAGAUUGUAGAAAUCAUUAAUCAAGAAGGUGUUCCUACCAAACAGGUUAUAAAGAAAAGAACAAUCAGAAAAAGAAAAGGGGACAAGCAGGAAAUUACACAAUUAGUAACAAUUGAAGAAAAAGGAAAGGAACCUCAGACUUCUGUAGUAAUAGAAGAGUAUGAUCUCCCAGAAAAUGAGUAUAUCGAAGAAUACAAACCGUUCCUGGUAGAAGAAGAACCUGAAGAGGUUAAGAUAAUUGAAACUAUAUCGGAUUCAAAAGAACCUGUAAAACAAACUGUUAAAAAGAGGGUUAUAAAGAAACCAAAAGGUAAAAAGCAGGAGAUAACUGAAAUAACAUUAGUAGAAGAAGAAGGUAAACCACUUCAGUCUUCUAUUGUAGUAGAAGAAAUUGAUAUGCCAGAAGAGGAAUUAAAACCUGAAAUAUACUUGGAAGAAUACCCAGAAGAAGUUCAAGUAAUAGAAGAUAUAGACGAAACAGGUAAACCAAAGAAAAAAGUUAUUAAAAAGAAAGUAAUUGCAAAACGAAAAGGAAGUAAACAAGAAGAAACAUCUAUAAUAACAGUUGAAGAAGAAGGCAAACCUGUCGAGCACGUAGUAACUGUCGAGGAAGUACCAAAAUUAAAACGAAAGGAUAAAAUGCUUAUCGAAAUAAAAGAAAUUAAACCACAGCAAAUUAAAGUAGUAGACGCAAAGGAUUUACCUUCUCAAGUAAAACUUAAGAAACCUAAGAUUUCCAAGAAAAUUGAGAAAGAAUCUAAAUUACCUAAAUUUUUGCUAAAGAGUAGAAUAAAUCGUGUUGAAUUUCCUCCACUACAUGAAAAGGAAAAAAUGCCAAAAAUUUCAGAGCUAAAACCAAUUUACAAAGAAAAUGGCGUUUUAUCAAGAAAUAUUAAAGAGGCUGAUAAAUUACCAAAAACAAAAAGGCGAAAACUAAAGGAUUCAGACAGUUUAUUGAAAGAUCUGGAAAAAUUAGAUUUAGAAUUUGAACAAGCGAAAAAGCCUGAAUUGGAGACAGUUGACGAUGAAUACAGAAAACUGCCUGAACCGAGAAAAAAAUCGAUUUCUGAAGAAACCCCUAAAAAACUAAAAUUAGGUAAAGGUAAACUUCCUGAAAUACCUGAUGAAGAUGAUAGCGUUAAAUUAAAACCUGUAAAGCUUAAAGACGAAAUCCAAGAAGAUGAAAAAGCGAAGGUUCCUAAAAAACCAAAACCGUUGAAGGAAAAAGUUUUACCAGAAGAAAGACCCGAUAAAAAGGAUAAAGUUAUAUUUGAACCAUAUGACAUUGAACGCAAAACUCCUGAAAAAGAAGAAUAUGAACCUUUGCCUAUCGAAAAAGAAGAACCUGCGCAUAAAGAACCUAAAAAGGAGAAAAUACUAAAGAAAAAGAAAUCAAAACCUGAACCGGAAAUUGAAGAAAUACAGUUAGAAAAAGGUAUCCCUAAACCUCAAAAAGAAGAUGAAGAAAUUCCAGUUACGUUAAAACGCAAACAAAAGCCAAAAGAUAUCGAACCCCAAGAAGAAAUUUCUCUUAAACCCUUUAGAAAGGAUACAUCUCCAGAAUUAACUUUUAAAGUAGCUGUUGAAAGUAUUGAGGUGCAGGAUGUUAUAAUUCUAAAAGAACACACCGAUGAAGAUUCUACUCCCAAAAAUGAGUUGGAGAAAAAGAAAUUUAAAAAAGUUGUCAAAGUUAAAAAAUCUAAGAGCAAAGAAGAUGACAGCACAAUUGGUAUUGUUGAAAUUGAAGAAAUACAAACUUUAGAAAGCGAAGAGAUUGACAUCAUUAAAGGUGAUACUUUUAUAGAAGAACAACCUAUAAUUGAAGAACCUUUGGUUGAAGAAGCAACUGGUACAGAACCUAUAGUUGAAGAACCUGAAGAAGAAUCUCCAGAAACUACACAUGUUAAAAAGACGAGUAAAAUUAAAAAGAUUGUUAAAAAGUUUAAAGUACAAGAAAUUGAUCUUUUUAAUAAAGAGGACUCUGCUAUAACAAUCGAAGAAAUUGAAGAAAAACCUGAAAUAACUGAAGUUACCGAAGAGACUAUAGAAAAACCUAAAGAAGAAGAAAAGGCAAAAGAAGUUACUGAUGCUAAAAAACCUGAAGAUAAACCAAAGAUUAAAAAGAAAAUACCACCCAAGUCUGAAGUUUCCAAGAAACCCAAAUUCCUAUUGAAGAGUAGAAUAAACCAUGUACCGUUCCCACCUCUACAUGAGGCAGAAAAAAUACCUAAGAUAACUGAGUUGCCUCCAGUUUAUCGUGAAAAUGGCGAGCUUUCAAGAAAUGUUGUCGAAGCUCAGAAAGUACGUAAGAAGAAACCUAUUCGUGUGAAGGAAUAUGAAAGCGAUUUAAAAAAUCUAGAAAAACUUGACUUAGAAAUUGAAGAAUUAAAAAAGAAAGAAAAAGAAAAGGUAGAUGAAGAAUUUAAAAAACAAAUUCCAAGAAAAAAAUCAGUACAACCAGAAGAACCAGAUAAUAAAAUAAUAUUGGGUAAAGGAAAAGUACCAAAAAAAGUGGAAGAAGAUGAAUCCAUUAAAUUAAAGAAAACUCCAAAGAAAAAAGAGGAUGAGGACGAGCCAGAUGAUAAAAAGUUUGCAAAACACAAGGAAGUCCCUAAAACAAUUUCUAUAGAAGAGGAAUCUGAUAACACAAAAAUGUCUCCGCCUGAAUUGUUUGACAUCGACAGAGAAAAACCUGAUUUAUCGAAAUAUGAACCUGAAAAAAUAGAAAAAGAAGAAAGUGAAAUUGAUAAACCAAAAGAAGAAAAGCCCAAAAAGAAAUCAAAGAAGGUUACACCAGAUACUACAGAGGUAACAAUAAAAAAGAAUAAACCAAAACCCAAGGAGGAACCAGAAGGUGAUGAUAUUAAUUUGAAAUAUAAACAAAAGCCGCUGGCAAAGGAGGAACCUGAAGAUAUAAAGCUUAAACCAUUUAAAAAGGAUUCUACUGAUGAAGUAUUUAAAGUUUCGGUUGAUGAAGGAUUACAGACCCAAGUAGCUGAAGUAUCACUUAUUGAGUAUCAGGAAGAACCCACAGAUGUGAAGAAAAAGAUAAUAAAGAAAAAAAUUAUUAAAAAACCAAAGUCAGUCGAAGAAGAAGAAAAACCUAAAGAAAUAAUUAACGAAAAACCAGAACAAAUAAUGGAAGAACCUGAAGAUGAAGUUCUUGAUAUACCUCAAGAAGAAAUACCCCAACCAGAGGUACAACAAAAAGAAAUACCAAUGUCUUUUGAAACUGACGGAAAAGAACCAAAGAGUGAAAAAAAAAGGGUAAAGAAAGUAAAGCCAGAAACUCCGAUUGAAGAACCUAAGGUUUUGGAAGAUGAUAAAGAACAGCCUGUGUUGAUGAAAAUAAAACGAGUAACCAACCGAAGUAAACCAAUCAAAUUACAAAUAUCGGAGCCCGAAAAGGUAAACUUUGCCGAAAUUAAAUUAAAGAAAGCUAAACCUGUAGAUCAAAAGGAAAAAACAGAAGUUAAGGUACCAAAAAUUCAAUUAAAGAGUCGUAUUGUACCAACAGGUUUUCCACCACAUUCUGAACGGGAACAAAAAGCAGUAAUUACUAUCCUUGAACCUGUAAUUCGUGAUCAUGGCGUAUUAUCUAGAAAUAUUGAAGAAGCAGAUAAAAUUAAACCAAAGAAAAAGAAAAUUAAAAAGAUAGCUGACUUAACAAAAUUGGAUAAGGAGGUAGAAGAACUUAAAUACCAACCAGAAAAAGUUGAUGAGGAAUAUAAAAAGAAACCAGAUGUAAAGAAAAAACCAAAAGCAAAACCAGUGCUUAUGAAAAUUGUGCGUGUAAAUAUUUCUAUUCAAAAACCAAAGAUAAUCGAUGUUACUCCAGAAGUUAUUAAUUUAGCAGAUAUUAAACUAAGGAAGCCAAAGAAACAAGAAAAAGCAGAACUCGAAAGUGUUAAAUUGCCAAAAUUAAAAUUAAAGAGUAGAAUUGUGUUUGUUGACUUCCCACCUUUAUCUGAAAUAGAACAGAAACCGGUUAUAACAGAUUUGGGACCUGUUAUACGGGAUAAUGGAGUUAUUUCAAGAAAUGUGGAUGAUGCUUUCGAAGUAAUUAAAACAAGAACAAGAAAACUUAAGAAAAUUAAAAAGGAUAAAAUACCUUUAGAAAAAUCCGACUUGGAAUUUGAUGAACCCAAAAAGGUAGAGAAAAAUGAAUCUCCUGAAGAAAAGAAAUACCAAAGAAAAUCCAAGCCUGAAAUUGAAGAUUUACCAGAAGAAACAGUUAAUAUAAAAAUAGGCAAGGGUAAAGUUCCAGAAAAUGUUGAAGACACCGAGGCCAUUGUUUUAAAGAAAAGGCCAACAAAAGUGGAAGAAGAAAUUUUAGAGCCAUUAAAAGUACCAAAGACUAAAGUUAAAGAAGAAGAAAAUAAAAAGCCAGAAGAGGAAGAUGAUUACGUUAAGGUUCCACCAUACGAACCGUUUGAUAUAGAUAGAGAAGAACCAGAAAAAUUAAAUUAUGAAAAACCUGAUGAUGAAACUGAAAGUAAAGAAUCACCUGAGCCGAAAAAAGAUAAAUAUAAACGAAAAAAUAAGAUCGAACCAACGCCAGAAAAUAUAGAAAUACCAUUAAUAAAAGGUUUUCCUAAACCACCUGCUAAUGAAGAGGAGCAGGACGUUAAAUUUAAAAUACCAACACCUAAGAAACCAGAUGAAGAGCCAGAAGAAAUAACACUAAAACCAUUCAAAAAACCAGACGAAAUUCCAGAAGAACAUCCUAUAUUAGAUGAACGUACUCCAAAAUCUGAUCUUGAAAUAAAACACCAAAAAGAAUCUCCUGAUGAGAAGAAAACGAUAAAAAAACCCAAGAUUCCUCAGAAAAAAGAAAAGAAAGAUAAAAUUCCUAGAUUGAAGAGUAGAAUUACUUACGUUGAUUUUCCACCAAUAUCCGAAAUCGAAAAGAAACCUUCAGCUACUACGUUAGAACCUGCAAUAGUUGAAAAUGGAGUUAUUUCUAAAAAUGUUGAUGAAGUUAAGACCAAGCAAAAACCAAAGAAAAAGGUAUUAAAAAAAGUGGAUGAUGAAUUUAAGGAUUUAGAAAAACUAGAUUUGGAGAUGGAAGAAUUGAAAAAGAAGGAGUUAGAAAAGGUUGAUGAUGUGUUUAAACAACCAAAAAAACCAAAAGAAAAACAAAAGAAUUUAUCAGAGGAAAUUCCUAAACAACCAGUAAAGGAAGUAAUAACAAAAGAGGAACCUAAGCCUGAAGAACCGAAAAAACAAGAAGUUCCCAAGGAGCCCAAAACUAUUAAAAAACCUAAAAUUCUUCCCAAAAAGGAAGAAAAAGAUAAAAUACCAAGACUUAAAAGUAGAAUUAAUUAUGUAGAUUUCCCACCUGCAUCUGAAUCAGAAAAGAAACCCGUUAUAACUGAAAUGGAACCUGUAUUUGUUGAAAAUGGUGUAAUUUCCAGAACUCUUGAAGAAGCUGAAAAGAUACCCAAAACAAAGAGAAGAAAACUUAAGGAUGUAGACAAAAAACUAAAGGAUUUAGAGAAAUUGGAUUUAGAACUUGAUGAAUUAAAAAAGAAAGAUUUAGAAAAAGUUGAUGAUGCCUACAAGUAUGAACCAAAACUAAAAGAAAAAACAGAACCUGUCGUGGAAGAACCAAAAACAAUUAAAAUUACUAAAGGCAAAAAGAAAGAUGUUCCAGAAGAUGGUGAAGAUACCAUUAAGCUAAAGAAACCUCCUCAAAAGGAGAAAGAGGAACAGAAGGAAGAUAUUGUAAAAGAAAAAAUAAUUGAGUCUGAAGUCCCCAUUGAUAAAGAAAAACGACAAGAUGAGGAUAUUGAUGUACCGCCUUUUAAACCAAUUGACAUUGACAGAGAAAAACCAGAUACUCUUGACAAAGAAACCCUAGAAUUUGAACCUAAAGAAAAGAAAAAGUCCAAUAAAGAAAAAACUAAAGAAAAACCAAUAAAAGAAAAGGAGCCUUCGCCUGAAACUAUAGAAAUUCCGAUAGUUCCUGGUAAACCUAAACCAACACAACCAGAGAAAGAAGAAGAAGUACAAUUUAAAAUUCCUCGUAGAGAUAAGCCUGAGGAAGAACCAGAAGAAUUUAAGCUAAAACCAUUUAAACGUGAGGAAAAAGAUGUGGAAACAUUCGUAGUUACUGAAUUCAAAACAGUAUAUGAUGAAGCUAAAGUUGUUGAAAGUAUACAGCAGGCAGAAUUGACAAUAGACGAGCCUAUUCCAGAGGACACAAUUAAAAAGAAGAAAAUAAAGAAAAAGGUUCCAAAAUCUCCAGAAGAAAAAACUUCAGAAGAAAUGCCACCUGAGGAAGUAGUUAUUAAAAAGAGACCUCAAUUGAGAACAGAUACCCCGCAAGAAGAAGAGGAAGAAGUAGCUAUAGUAAUUAAGAAAAAAACAGUACCAGUUGUCGAUGAAGUUGCCGCUGAAAUAACAAUAAAGAAAGAAGUUCCUGUUCCUGUAAUUACUAAACAAUUUGAUGAAGUGGAAGCCGAAUUUACCAUAGAGGAACCUGCUCUCGAACAACCAGAAAUUGAAGAAGUAACUGAGGUUAUUAAGAAAAAGACUAAAAAAAUAAAGAAACCAGAACCAGAAGAGGUUGCUGAAGCGGAAGAGGUUAAAAUUAAAUUACCAAAGAAAAAGAAAACACCCGAAUCAGAAGAAGAAGCAAUUAUUAUCAAGCCUAAACUUAUCGAGGAUAAAGUAUCAGAAGAAAUUAAAAUAAAGAAACCAGUUACUAAACCAGUUGAAGAAUCUGCAGAAGAGUUCUCAAUUAAAAAAAUUAUUAUACAGGAUGUGCCAGAAGAAAUUCCUAAAGAUAUGACUGAACCACAAACAGAAGAAAUUAAAGAAAUAAUAAAACCAACUGAAGAAGAAGAAACAGUUAAAAUAAUUAAACCUCAAGAACCUGAAAAAACUAAAGAAUUAGAUGAGGUAAAAAUUAAAUUACCUAAGAAAAAGAAAACACCUGAAUCCGAAGAAGUGGAAAUUAUUCCUAAACCUAAAGUAGUUGAAGAUGAAGUUUCUGAAGAAAUAAAAAUUAAAAAGCCUGUUAAGAAACCAGCUGAAGAAGCUUCAGAAGAAAUAUCAAUUAAGAAGAUAGUUGUAAAAGAGCCAAAACCAGAAGAGGAGAUGCAACCUGAAACACUAAAAGAAGAUGAUGAAGUUAAAGUUAAAAAGACUCCUGUAAUGGAAGAAGAAGCAGAAGUUUUGCCAAAGCCAAAAUCAAAAGAAGAUGACGUUUCUGAGGACAUAAUUAUUAAGAAACCCAAAAAACCAACAACUGAAGAAGCCGAAGAAGAAGUCACAAUUAAAAAGCUGGUACCGCAAAAGUCCGUAGAAGACAAAGUGGAAUCUGUCGAAGUUAAAUUUACAGUGCCCAAAAAAACCGAUGUUACUGAAGAAGAAACCGAAAUAUCUAUCAAGAAACCAUUUAAAACUUCUGAUGAAAAUGACGAAGUGAAAGAAGAAAUUACGAUUAAAAAGCCAAAAAUUAAAAAACCAGUUGAAGAUGAAAAUGAAAUAACCAUUAAAAAAAUGGUUCCAACUGAAAAGGAGGAGGAAGAUGAAAAACAAACAGUUCCAUUACCCGAAAGUGGCGAUGUUUCAGAAGACAUUAAAAUACAAAGACCUAAGAAAACUAAGGAAGAGGAUGCAAGUGAUGAAAUAACUGUUAAAAAGAUAGUGCCUAUAGAAAAAGAUGAACCUGAAGAAGAGGUUGCCAUUAAACUCAGUCCAAAAGACGAAGAAACAGCAGAAAUAUCUUUUAAAAAGCCUAAAAAGAAGCUCACAGAAGAUGCCGAAGAAGAAAUUACAAUUAAAAAAUUGGUUCCUGUUAAGCCUGAAGAAGAAAAUAAACCAGAAACACCUGAAGCUGAAAUAACAUUAAAACCGCCAAGAAGAAAAUCAGAAGUCUCCGAAGAACUUUCAAUUAAAAAGAAACCGGAACGAAAACCAUCAAUAGAUGAGCAAUCUGAAGAGCUUACAGUUCAACGCCUUAAACCAAUGCGAAAAGCAUCAGAACCUGAAAUUAAAGAAGAAGAAAAAGUGGAAACUGUAACAUUUAAGCCACGUUCAAAGAAAACUAAAGAAGAAGUAGAGCAAGAAUUCAGAAUAUCAUUAGAUUCUUAUCAAGAGGAGGAAGUUUCCCUGUCCAGUAAAAUUAAAUUAAAGAGUCGUAAACCAUCGACGUACUCUGAAGAAGCUGGAGAGGCGUGCAUUAAAAUAACUAAAGAAAUUGAAGAGGAAGGUCCACAAAUUGAAGAAAUUAUAGAUGAAGGCAGUGAUGCUGAAGAACUUCCAUAUGACGAUGAAGUUUCAGAAAACUUCCAUCUUGUGUUUAAGAGAAGACCAUCUCGUAAAUAUUCCGUAUUUGAAGAAAAUGAAGAAGAUGUAAGUCUAAGUCUAAGAAAACCUCAGCAGUUUACUGAUUAUCAAGAAGAAACUGUUACAGUUAAACCAAAACGAAAACCAUCUCAACCAACCGUUGAUACAGAAGCCGUAUCGUUAGAAAUUACUAAGGAGGUAGAAAUUAUAAAAGAAACUGAGCAUAUAAUUGAGGAAGUUCACAAGGGGGACAUUUAUUAUUCAAUUUAUAUUUACGAUGCAGAAGCUGAUCAGGCCAUUGAUAUGGUCGAAGGCGAAAAAGUAUAUGUCGUCGAAGCACACAAUACUGAUUGGUGGUUUGUAAAGAAACAUCUAACCGAAGAAAAAGGAUGGGUCCCCGCUCAAGUUCUUAUGGAUGAAGAAAAAUAUAUUCAAUACGUACAAAGAAAAUUAAAUGAAAAAAUUGACAAAUUACCAGUUUUAGAAAAGCCCAAGCCAGAAGAAAUAGAUAGGACCAAAGCACCCAAAUUUGUGGAUAAAUUAAAACCAAUUUCUUCACCCGACGGAUAUACUGUCACAUUCCAAUGCAAAGUUGAAGGUUUUCCACGUCCUCAAAUCACUUGGUUUAAACAAACAUCCGUAAUUAAAUCAUCUACUGAUUACCAAAUGUAUUAUGAUGAUAAUAAUAUUGCCACUUUAUUAAUAAAGGAAGUUUUCCCCGAAGACGCCGGUACUUUUACAUGCGUUGCUAAAAACUCAGCCGGUUUUUCAUCUUGCUCUACCGAACUGACUAUUGAAUAUCCAUUGUCAAACCACGGUACAGACCUAAAUGUGAUAUCUAGGAAAACUUUAACACGGGAAGCAACAUUUGUUGACAUCGUCGAAGGUAUUCCGCCUACUUUUACUGAAGAACCACAAUCAAAAACUAUACCAGAAGGAACUGAGACAUUCGUCUCAUGUAGUUUAACUGCGUACCCUAAACCCGAAAUCAAAUGGUAUAGAAAUGGAAAGAAAAUCACCACCAAAAAUAAUGUUACCAUUGAAACAACAAGCACUUCUCAUUAUAAAUACGAAACAACAUUGAAAAUUACAAAAACUGAAAAAACUCAAGAAGGCAUUUACAAAAUAGUUGCUAAGAAUAAGGUAGGAGAGGCGACAGUUAAAUUUAUUAUUAAAGUUGAAACCGAUGAAAAUGAAGCUCCUCAAAUAAUAAAACCACUAAGAUCUACUACAGUCAAAAAAUCCGACAGAAUAACUCUUAAAGCCACUAUUACUGGAACUCCUCUUCCAAAUAUAAAAUGGUUCAAAAAUGAUAAACAAAUACCGGAACAAAGAACCAAAAAAGAUGGCGAUGUUUAUACUUAUACUAUUCAUGCCGCCACUUUGGAUGAUACCGCAGAAUACACAAUAAGAGCCAAAAACUUAAGUGGUACUGCGGAAACAACUGCUUCUAUUACUGUUGAAGAUUAUCCUGAAACUGCCGAACCUCCACUUUUCAUUAAGAGAUUCGAAGAACAAAAUAUUCCUGAAAAGAGCGUUUUAAGGUUAACUGCUAAAGUUACUGGAAAUCCAACUCCGGAAGUAUAUUGGUUAAGAAAUAAUAAACCUAUUGAACCAUCAGAUAGAAUCCGUAUGACAUUCGAUGGAGAAAAUAUUGAAUUAGUGAUUUACGAUACUAAUUCCGAACUUGAUUCAGGAGAUUACAAAUGCAUUGCUUCGAAUCCAUUGGGUAAAAUUUCUCAUGGAGCUAAGGUAUCCAUUGAAGUGGAUACCGUUAAAUUUACAAAGAAACUAAAGAAGGUUUAUGAGACCACCGAACGCGAGACUAUAGAACUUGAAUGUGAAACAUCGCAUUCCGUAAGAACUAAAUGGUGGUACAACGAAACUGAAAUCAGUGGAUUGGAUCAUCGGGUUGUUGUACAGGAUGGAAGAAUUCAUAAGCUUAUAAUUAAGAAAAUUAAUAAGAAUGACGAAGGUCAAUAUAAAUGUACUGUUAAAGAUCAAAAGACUGAAACUACUGUCAAGGUUGAACAAAGAAAACUUGAAUUUGUUCGCAAGUUACAAGAUUUAGAAGUAACUGAAAAACAAUUGGCAGUGUUGGAGGUUGAAAUUACCUCAGAUACUGCCGAUGUUGUUUGGAAAAAAGAGGGUAAAGUUCUUGAUGAUGCAAAUAUUAAAUAUACUCUCGAAAAAGAUGGAGGAGUUAGAAAACUUAUUAUCCGCAGUGCAUCAAUACACGAUGAAGGAGAAUACAUUUGCACAUUAUUAGAUCAAGAUUGUAAGGGCGAUGUAACAGUUAUUGAACUUCCACCUGAAAUAAUUGGCCCACUUCAAGAUCAAACAGUUAAAAAGGGAGACAAGACAGUGUUUGAAAUUGAACUGUCUAAAGGAGAUGCUUUGGCAAAAUGGUAUAAAGACGGAAAGGAAUUACAAUUUUCCGAUCACAUACAAUUAUCUAUUGAUGGUAAGAGGCAGAAACUUAAGAUUUACAACACAGUUCCAGAAGAUGAAGGAACAUACAUGUGUGAGGUUGGAAAACAGUCGUCCAGCGCUAACCUUAGGGUCAGAGUUCCUACUAUUUUGUUCCUUACACCUCUGCCAGAAUUUACCGUUGUUCCAACAAAUACAGAUGCCGAAUUCCAGUGCGAAAUUUCAAGAGAAGAUGCCGAGGUACAAUGGCUUCGUAACGGAAAAGUUAUUGAAACAUCAUCAAAAUACAUAAUAAAAUCUGAGAAAACAUUCAGAAAGUUAACUGUUGUACAAUCUACCAAAGAGGACGAAUCCGAAUACACAUGCUCGGUAGAAACCAUAUCUACGUCCUCCAAACUUAAAGUUGGAGAAAGACCUUCACCACCAAGGGCACCCUUAGAAGUAUCCGGCAUGUCUGCCACUUCCUUCACGCUUCAAUGGCAACCCUCCGAAUCGGACGGUGGCGCUCCAAUCAUCGAGUACAUUGUCGAAAUGAAAGAAGCUAAUAGUAAGAAAGCAUUUAAGAAGGUUGGUGCUACCAAGGGAGACGUAACAGAUAUUCCAAUUAAUUACUUGGAAAAAGAUCAUGGCUACAAAUUCAGAAUUACAUCUAGAAACGCUAUUGGAGUUAGCGACCCAUAUCUACCCGAUGAAACUAUAGUAGCUGGCUCCAGAAUUAGAAUAAACUACCAUUUCGAAAAGACUGACGAGUCGCUUUAUUGCUUGUUGGGGAUAUUUCCUCCUGCUAAGCUUGGCACGCGCACACCACCAUCUCCACCGGAAAAUGUUAAGAUAACUGACCUAACCAGCAGAAGUGCCACUCUGACCUGGACGCCUCCACUUAACGAUGGCGGAUCUGAAAUCACUGGAUACGUGGUCGAAAAGAAACUUGAAUUCUUACCAAAAUGGGAGAAAGUCUUUACUCUUGAAGCAUACACACUUCAAUACACAUUCGAGAACUUGAAAGAAAAGAGCGACUACGUGUUUAGAGUUUUCGCUGAAAAUGCGGUAGGUCUUAGUGCGCCUGUAGCUACCGAAGUAGUGAAAAUGAGGUCUUCUGCCACCGUUCCAUCGCCUCCAACAGCCCCAUUAGAAAUACGAACAAUUGGACCCAAUGCCAUAGUUAUUGAAUGGGGAAUACCGGAAUGGGAUGGAGGUUCGCCAUUAACUGGAUACAAUAUUGCAAUUAAGGAUACGAAGAAAACCAUGUGGAUGGAAAUCGGUAGAGUCGGUAAAGGUGUACAGAAGUUCACCAUUAGAGAUUUACAAGAAGAUCACGAAUACAUAUUUAGAAUUUUCGCCAAGAACGAAAUCGGCCUCAGUGAACCUUUAGAAUCAGAGGAACCCUUCAAGGUUCUACCAUCGGGAGAUGCAGACCAAGACGACUUCAAGGAAGCAACAGAGCGUGAACCAACGUCUUACAGCACAGAAAGUUUACCGACGUCUUCUUGGCUGCGCGAAGCGAACAUGGACGCAGAUAUUCGUUCAUACGCAAAGGGAAAUUUGCUAAAGAAGGACGAAUAUUUCUUCCGCAUAUGGUGUUACGCCACCAAAUUAUUUAAGUAAACUAUUAAUUUAUUAUUUGUUAAGAUGUAUAUAAUUUUAGAAUAUUUAGAUAGAUUUUUUUACCCGAUAAUGGACUUUAUGAUAAGCGUUUGUAUUAGAAUAUCAUUAACGAGAGAUUUGCGAUUUGCGAGCUACCAACAAAAGAAAUUAAUCUAAUUGUUAAAGUUGUUUUACUACAAACGAUUUUAUUUUAUGAAUGAAUUCUUUUUUUAAAGAAUACAUACUGUGAUACUGAUUAUGAAUUUAUUACAGUGAGCCUAGUAUCUCAUAUACUGAUAUACGAAUACGAUAUUUAUUAUAAUAUAACAAUAUAUUGAAUUUUUUUUUGCUGUUGUUGAGUUUACUAUUUAUAGACUCGUUCAUAUUUAUAUGUAAUGCAGUGCCUUAUUUAUUUUUAUUUGUUAUAAUUAACUUAAAAACAAUAUUUUAUGAAUUUAAAUUUAGAGAAAAUAUAGGUGCA